GAGAACGCGCCGGCGCUGCUACCUGGGAGCGAAGGGCGGCCUGCAGCGCGCGCCCAGCACCUUUCCCGGGAAGAAACAUGGGCGGGAGGGAGGUCGCAUGGGGCGCAAUGGAGAGGAGAUGGAUCCCAAGGGCGGCCGCUGCUGGUUCCUUAAAGUGGGUAAGGUAGCCGUGACGGGUAUAAGCCACCCUCUCAGGCAUCGCCCCAGUCCCCAAGUAUAUAGGCACCUCCUUGCAAAGCAACUUUCUUCCUCGACUCUGGUGGGAAAGGAGAAAGGGGAUUACGCAGUUCCGAAGGAAAAAAAUAUAUAUCCAGAAACUCCAGAAGCGCUUGGCUUCUGCUAACAUUUACCCGUGUUAGUUGUGGUAACCAAAACCGAGUUGGGGGUGCUGUAGGGGAUUGUUUCCCUUGCGCAAAAUCACUUGUUUUAUUUACAGGGCGAUCUUAGGUAUGCCAACUCAGAAGUAGGUUUUCAUUUAGUGAGACUUGCUCCCUGUCCCAAGAACUGCAGCCUGAAUUGUAUAUAUAUAUAUAUUAAAAUCUAUAUGCAUUUCUGUGCCACGUUUUAAGGUAGAAACAGCUCAAAAGGAACUAGUAAUUUAAAAAAAUAAAACGAAAAAAAUUGUGUGGGUAUUGUUGGGUAUUAUAUGUGUUUGUGCAUGCCGGGGUGUACCAUUUGGGUUGCCACUUUUUUUGUGUACGAUUUUUUGUACGAUUUUAACGGCAAAUCGUGACACAUUUCACAGGGCACUCUCAGACCGUAGAUUUUUUGAGUGGGAUUCAGUCACAUGCCAGAAAUUAAAGUUGAUUUGGAGCACUUGUGUAACAAAUCAGCUUUUUCAAAAACGACUUUAUGUGUUAAGGAAAUGAGAAAAUGUACUGGAAAGUUUUUGACUUGACGUCAUUUAACCUUCCCACAAACAAAUAAGAAUUAAUGUUCAAAAAACCAAGUGACAUCAUCUAACUUCCCCACAAACUGUGCAAACAAGGCAGAAUGAAUGCUCAAUAACAGGUUGCACAGCUAUUACUCCUGAGUAAACACACUUAGGAUCAGGCUCUUCUUCUGAUUAACUAUUGGAGGUUGUGCAAUGUGCAUGGGAGUUAGAGAAAUGAGCCUGAAAUAACUAACGCCUCUGGUUUAGUCCUCCCAGUCAGUGAUGUGUACUGAGAAUUCUUAUUUCACAUACGUGCAGUGGGGGGGGGGAGUGGCAGAAAAGCCAUAUCUCUAUUAUUUCUAAAUGAUUCGGCAUGCUAAAAGGAGAAAAAGCACAAUGUCAGUAAAAUUGUGCUAUGAAAUAACAAAUUUUAAAGUGGUGGAGGAAUCCCCUCCAACAUAUGUUAUUCUGAAUGUUAUUAAGUCUUCUGUUGUGGAGGUAGACAGUGAUCACUUUGCAUUCCCAUCUACUCUUCAUUAUUAAUUGUUCUCAUUAAUCAUUGGUGCCAGAUGUACCAAAUCUGGGACUUGAAGUGGGCUUGAAGUGUAGGGUGGAGGUAUGCUGCGGAAGAAUGGAGCACUUCAUAUUUAUAGGAACGCUCUGUUAUUUUAACGGCAUAUCCAGUUUCAUUUCAUUAGUUGUUGUCCCCCUUUCUUUCUGUAACUUGCUGCAGGUUGUAAGAGAAGACCUCUCCUUUAAAGACUGAAAAUGAACUAUCGUUUGCUGUUGCAGUGUCAUCGCUCCUUUCCAAAAGCUGUGUUUCUGCCUUCCUGACUCAGUUUCCUAAGGACGGACAUGGGGACCCUUUUGGAAGUAGGGUCUCAUAAUCCAUCGCAGCCAACUGAAACUUCGGUAAGUGUUCUGGCAAUCAUUUCUGACAAACUGAGGAGAAAAUGAAAUGUUUGAAGAGUACAAAUGAGAACUCCUUCCCCCAAAUGACAGAGAUUAUUCUUGCCUUGUUUGGUCAUUCACCACUGACAUCUUUGUAAUGAGAUAGUGUAGUAGAGGUUAGUAGAACACGGCCUUAACAUUGAACUUAUUUCCACAAAAAUCACUUAUAGUUUACAUAGGAUAACCUGUAAUUUUCAUUUUCAGAAUAUAUAGUGAUGAAAGCAAGGAUGUGGCUCAGUUGUACAGCUCCUGUGUUUUGCAAAGUGUCCUGGGUUCAAUCUUCAGUAUCUCUUCAUAUUGUAUGAAUGUAUGAAUCCCAGAAGAGAUACUGCCAGUUAUUUAUUUCCCCAUCUUGGAGCCCUCCACAUUUUUGGAACUACAGUUCCCAUCAUCCCUGACCAUUGGCCAUGCUGCCUGGGGCUGGUGAGAAUUGUAAUCCACAUCAUCUGGAGGGUACCAGUUCGCAGUCGACAAGUGGUCUGAUUGGUGUUAGGCAGUUUCUAUGUUCCUAUUUGUGCAAAACAUUGUGCAGUAUUUUAAAAAAUGCAAUUAUAUUUGAAAGUAUUUAUUGGACUAUACAUUUGCCAUGGGAUCAUCCUUUCAGAUAUACAUGAAGUUUUAUGCCGCACCUUAAAUAAGAAAAUUUAUUUUGAUGUUCCUAAUGUUCAAGUAGGCCUAAUAGAAUAGAGUAUUAAACUGUGUUAAAAAUUUAUAUCCUGUGUUAAGUUUCUCAAGGCAGCUUACAACAAUAAUAAUCCUGUAUAAAACCCACCAAAAAGUAGCAUUCCAAGAACCUAAUAAGUGACAAAUCAGUAAAAGCAGAGCAGCAGAGGCUUUGCAGCAGCACAAUGACAUAAGCUUACGGAUAGGUGUAGCAUAGAACUGCUCUUAACUGUCUCUCAUCUCUUUCAAGGAUUUCUAAAUCCAUAUUUUUCCAAGAACACCUGCUUUCCUUGCAUCUUUUUUUGUUUUUUGGUAUUUGACUAUGGCAUUAGAAACUUAAAUGGGGCAAACUGCUGAUUGCAGCCUUUCCUGACUCUCUGACUGGCUGCAUUCACACGUCAUGCUAAAUGUGCUAAAUUCUUUAAUUUGACAUGCAUGAGCAGAAGCAAGCUGCAGUCAGCCUUGGGCUUGUGUGCCCCUGCAUCCUCUCUUGUCCUUCCACAUGGCCAAGGGGUAGUAGCUUGUAAGUGCUUGCUUCUGUUGUUAGUUAACUGCAGUUUGCCAUGUGGCCCAGACCUAAAAUUGAGGUUAAAGUUAUGGUUAGUUUCAACAAGCCUGCUUCAGAACCACAGGUUGACGUUGGCUUGUUUUGAAAUUAACCAUAGAAGUGUUAGUUACAAGCAUAAUAAAAAACUCCUCCUCCUGACCAUAUGAUGCUUGUUCCUGCUUGUCUACAUCAUGACUUAGCAUGACAUGCAAAUGCAGCCUCUGUAAUAAACUGGCCACAAAAUACAGUUAUCUCUGAAACUGAAUGCUAACGCAGGACCGGUUUAGAUGUAAUGGAAUACCAGAGUUUCCUGCUACGUGUGCAAGCCUUGGGCUCAUGCAUUCCUCCCUCCCUGCUUGUAUGGCCAUAAGGAGGAGACUGGAAGCUUUUUAAUUUCGGUUUUAAACAAGCCAUAGUUUCCUUUUACUUCUGAACUUGGAUAGUUUAAAGUAUGAUUUGUUCAAAUGAGUCAGGAUAAAAUUGUGCUUUGAAUCCUAGCCUGUUUGGAUAUCACAGUUUGAAGAAACCACAUCAACACCUCCCCCCAUUUUAAAAAAAUGCACUUUGUUACUUUGAAACAGAAGCAAAACCUUCCAAUUUUCUUGUGGCCUCACAAGAUGGAAUGGAGUGGGGAGCAUUUGAGCUUGCUUGAGGCUCAUGAAGGCUUGUGUACAUAGAGGAAACCUUCGUGUUCCAUGGUGUCCAAACCUGGCACACAGUGAAUGCUAUCAUAGAAAGACCAUUGGUCCUUCUAGCUCAGUGUUGUAUGCAUCGACAGGUAGCAGUUCUUGAGAGUUUCAGUAAGAAGUCUCUCCCAGCCUUACCUGGGAUUGAACCCAGGUCCUUCUGCAUGUAAGGCAGAUGUUCUGCCACUGAGCUAUGAGCCCUUUGCCAGGAGAGCUAUGCCCGCUAUUGCCAUCAGAGGAUGUUGGUAAUGGCAGAUGAAUUUGAGACCCUCCCCUUAUACUACUGCUUUGUACAUAGGAUUCUCAUGGAGGUUUGGUCUGCUAACAGCUGUGAAAAUUAAACAAGAUUUGCCAAGUUAGUACUUUUCAGUUCCAGAUGCUGGGGGCAAAUGAAACAGCAAUGCCUUGCUGAAGACCACCCAGAGAUAUCUAGUUGGCCAAUGUUGGAAAUAAGAGUGCCAGAUUAGAUGAGUCUGGUCUGAUCCAGGAGCACAAUUCUGAAGCUCUUACGAUGGCAUGUUAUAUUACGGUCACUAGAUAGGCCAUAGAGGAUUAAGCGGUUCAUAUACUUUGUCCUGUUUCAGUUUGCUGAACACACAGUAGUAGCCUUCAUCCAUUGUUGGAUAAAGAAUGUUAGCAGCAGACUCUGCCACAGCCUGAAAUGUUAGCGUUUCAGCCUAGUAUACUGGAUAGGUAGAAAUUUGUAUUACCAGCUCCAGGCAACUUGCAUUUUAGCUCUGUUACCAACAGUGUGAAUUUUCCCGCUGACUUCUAUAAGAGGUAGAUUGCUGCCUUAGACCAGUGGCUCCCAAACUUUUCCAGACCACUGCUCCCUUGGUUCCAUAAACCCAUCCCCAGCACCCUCUACCAUGCUCUGUAAAAAGCAUUAUUCAGAAUAGCAGUUUGCACAACCCACCAAGGAAUAUAGCAACUGCAAUAACAUUCAAAGCCGUAACAAUUAGUUACACGUUUAUUCAAGAUCCAGUCAAAACUGUUUAGUUUAAUUAAUUCAACAAAAGAGAUGAACUUGAUCCGGUGAUGUCAGGGUUUCAAAGGCUGAUAAGUCAUUUACACCUCCAGCACUCCCCUGCUUCCGUGCCUCUUAAUAUUCCCCCCCCCAUCCCACUGCCCCCCAGGGGAUGGUACCACCCAUUUUGGGAACCACUGCAUUGGACCUAGAAACACAGUUCUGUACUUGAGAAUUAACUUAUAAUAGAUUUUCCUUAUGGGAGAGUGAACAUAAUUUUUUUGUGAGAAUUACUUCCAGGUUAACUUAUAUUUCUAAUAAACUAACAAAGAUGUGGGCUCUAUGUAAGGUUUUUUUUUACUUACAACUUACUUAACACACCUCCCACCAGUGGCGUAGCGUGGGUUGUCAGCACCCGGGGCAAGGCAAGUAAUUUGCGCCCCCUAACCCGUGGAUUUGCGCCCCCUAACCCUAACCCCCAGAUGUUGUGCCCGGUGCGGCCGGCCCCCCCUGCACCCCCCACGCUACGCCACUGCCUCCCACCCCCAGAUUGGUUUACAUUGUUGAAAGGAAACACAAGUGCCAUGUCAGAUUGGAAGUCCAGGGUAUGGUUGCCAAUAUCCAAGGGUAGAUGUACUUUUUUAAGGAGGGGUAAACAUGGAGUAAUAAUAACAACUGUAUCAAAUAAAGCUUUUGCCCAGGCAGGGAGAUGCACAUGUUUUGUUAAAAUUGGCCACCAGGGGUCACUGUUCUCAACCAAUUGUAAAUUUUGUUUUGAAGGUCAUGAGUGGCCAGUCUGUACAAAACAGCUCCCACAGAACACUUGGUUGUCAUGUCUUCUUUGUAUUCACCUGUGGAUGUUUUAAGAUAAUGACAAUUUUUGCAGGAAUACUGUACUUUUAGCUGAACAUUUGGAGUCUUGUGUAAUAGUGUCUCAUAGCUUAUAGCUAAUGCCAGGGAAUGGGGUAGAGAGUCCCGAUGUGUGUGGGUGUUGAUGCCUAAAGAUGUAGAUGUGGACCUUAUGUUGGAUUUUAAAAGCCUGCAGUCUGCAAUCCAAUCAGGGAUGGGGAGAACAGCUGCAACUUGCUUUACUUUUAAAAUAAUGAGCAGCUUUGUAUUGCAGUUCCCUGACUUACAGCUAUUAUUAUAUCUGGGUGCAUUUGGGAAAUAUUUAGACUGCCCUUUAUUUUUUCAUCGCUCUCUUGAACUGUAUGAUUCCUCCAGCAUUAAGAAGGUGGCUCAGGAGAUUUCCCAUUUGGGGUUUUUGUAUGUGUGCAGGAAAUUGAUAAAAGGGUUUACUUAUCUCUAGUACAAAGUCUGGGAGAGAUUAUUUUCACUCUUAAAAUAUGUGGCGGUGUUUAUUAUUUCUAAGGUGCCUAUAUUUUAUCUUUUAACUCGGAUUUGCAGUCCUUUGUUAACAGGGUGCUUGAUUAAUAGCGCUGCAUUAUAAACUAUUCCAAACACAGGGAUGGAACAUGGAAUCGCAGAAUUGCAAGAGAACCUGAGGGUCAUCUCAUCCAACUCCCUGCAAUGCAGGAAUCUCAACUAACAGACAACCAUCCAGCCUGUGCUUAAAAACCUCUGAAAUCGGAGAGUCUCCCACCUUCCAAUUUUUCUGCUGUGGAAGCUGGGUAUACACCACACCAAAAUCCACUGGAUGAUUAAAUAUUUCUACCCCUGCUACAAAAGUGCAGGAAGUAGUCAGAGAACCUUUUCUUCCUAUCGCAUGGCACCGUUCUUGAGUACCAGUUAAGGCAAUGGAGGACUGGCACUCAGGCCAUUGUAGCCUUCCAACAAUUCAAUCAGUUUCUCCCAUUCUUGGAACACCUAAUACAGUACCAGCUCACAUUAGCUCCAACCAUCAUGACCAGUGGUCAGGAAUGAUGGCAGUUGUUGUCCCGCAACUUCUGGAGGAUGCAGGUUAGCCACUCCUGACCUAAUGUUACAGCAGCACAGGGCCCAUUGGUCUAUAGCAGGGGUCAGCAAACCUUUUCAGUAGGGGGCCAGUCCACUGUCCCUCAGACCUUGUGGGGGGCCGAACUAUAUUUUUUGGGGGGGAAAUGAACGAAUUCCUAUGCACCACACAAAUAACCCAGAGAUGCAUUUUAAAUAAAAGCACACAUUCUACUCAUGUAAAAAUACGCUGAUUCCCAGACCGUCCGCGGGCCAGAUUUAGAAGGUGAUCUGGCCCCUGGGCCUUAGUUUGCCUACUCAUGGUCUAUGCAGCAGUUCUCAACCUGUGGGUCCCCAGAUGUUGUUGGACUACAACUCCCAUCAUCCCUGAGCUCUGGCCUUGCUAGCUUGGGGUGAUGGGUGUUGUAGUUCAAAAACAUCUGGGGACCCACAGGUUGAGAAAGGCUGGUCUAUAGCAUCCUUAUGAUUCACACCCUCCUUGAGUUUUUUUGCCUGGCCAUGAUGUGUCCUUGCACUCAUUUAAUGUGUCUUUCUUAUCUAGACUGAUGAUAAAGGUAAAGGGACCCCUGAUGAUUAGGUCCAGUCGUGGCCGACUGGGGUUGUGGCACUCAUCUUGCUUUAUUGGCUGAGGGAGCCAGUGUACAGCUUCCGGGUCAUGUGGCCAGCAUGACUAAGCCGCUUCUGGCGAACCAGAGCAGCGCACGGAAAUGCCGUUUACCUUCCCGCUGGAGCAGUACCUAUUUAUCUACUUGCACUUUGACGUGCUUUCGAACUGCUAGGUUGGCAGGAGCUGGGACAGAGCAACGGGAGCUCACCCCAUCAUGGGGAUUCGAACCGCCGACCUUCUGAUCAGCAAACCCUAGGCUCAGUGGUUUAACCCACAACGACACUGCGUUCCUGAUGAUACUGAUGAUAGAGGUGUGCGUAUGUGUGUGUGUGUGUGUGUGUGUUUUCCUUUGGCCCUGCCAAUCACUGGCAUGCGGCCCCCAGAAGGUUGUUCAGAAGGGAGUGUGGCACUCCGGUGAGAAAGGUUGUCCACACCUGUGUUAGAAGAUGAAUGCUUUGAAGGUUAUUGCCAUAGGUUUCUGCUUGGUCCCCCAUCCUCCUCCUGCCUCCUUUGUGAAGUGCCAUGCGCUUAGUAUUGUGCUGCAGUGGACUCCAAUUCCUGUUUUAUAAUUUUUUUCCAGGCAACAGUGCCAUAUGGGGCCCCGUGUUUGAACUGGGGAUUAGUACUUCAGAUGAUGUUAUUACCCCUCCCCACCCCACUUCUGUCAACAGCAAAUCUGCGACCCAGACAGGCCAGAGUAGUCUCUCUCCUGUGAGCUCAUUUAUUAUGACUUCUGGAGCCCGAAUGAAAGGCUACAUUGUCUGCUGUAACUUAGCAGGCAGAAUAAGCUAUCCAGAGCAGCUGGCAGCAUCCGCUGCUUUGGUCAGGCGAAAUAUUUUCUUGCCUUUUGGUCUGUAGGAUGGGGCACAUCCACAUCCCGAAAUUUUAGGGAUUUGGUGUGUUGUUUCAAAUGCAUUUGCUCCCUGCGGUACAUCGAGGGAGGGCGUGUUGGUCCAUGUGGCUAAUUUGGACCUCUACUGGUUCACGAAGGACUGUACGUGUAUGAAUGGUUUUUUGUUUGCAGGCAGGAUAGGUCAGUGAUAUUAUGCACAUGAUUUGCACAUGGAAAGUCCCAGGCUUUAUCUCUGGCCUCUCCUGUUUUAAUAGGACUUUUGGUUGAAGGGCUUGGAAAGACCAUUGCUUGAUACCUUGGAGAUCCACUGUCAAGUCAGAGUAGAGAACAAGGUGUUGGAAUGAGCCAGGCUUGCUAUAAUUUGAGGUGGCUUUGGAUGUUUAGUCUUUACAGUUGCUUCAAGUAGAGGGUGGAAGGGGCAGGCCUGCUGCUUUUUCCGGGGACAUUUCUGAGUGCCUGAUUGUGUCAAAUCAGUAGGCACAGGAAGCUCCCACCGGGUCAUAGCUGUAAACUUACAGAUUUGAAAAUAAGGGACCAGCAGCCUCGAAAAUAAGGGAUCGGCAGCCAAAAUAAGGGAUUUUGCUAUUGUAAAGAGUUACAUACAUUGGUAGGAUUGACAGAUGCUGUCAAUCCGGUAUGAGGUGGUUACAGCGCGGCGGCGGCCGCUGAAGCACCGCCCUUCUGCAUCCCUCCCCAUCCCCUCCUCUUCCUCCUCCCUCGGGCCACCUCCUCAGCUGCCACCACUGCUGCCACCUCCGGGCUCGCGGGCGGCGUGGGCGAGAGUCUCUCUCCCUCCCCCCUCCUCUUGGGCGGGAAAGGGCCAAUGGAACUCCUUGCGCCAGGACGACGGCGCCAGCGCGCUCUCUCUUGCACAGCGGAGGACCCCGAGCCGCUGCUUCCCUCCCGAGCCGGGCAAGCAUGAAACCCGGGAAAUUUAAGGGACAUCAUCAAUAAGGGACAGCAGCGGGGCAAGGCGCUGGGAUAGGGGAGUUUCCCGCCAAAUAAGGGGCGGUUGACAGCUAUGCACUGGGUCAUGACCUUUGCAUUAUGUCACAUGAUUGAGUUUGGUCCACAUGGAUAGGCUUGGAGCAGGAAGCCCUUUGUAGCCAUGCUCUCACCAUGAGAGAGGGUCUUUGGACCAACCACUGUUCUCAGCCACAUGUCCCCGUCUUAUUAAUAAUUAAACAUCUGGCUUCUGGCUCUGGGGUUUCCACGUUUAUCAAUAAAACCAAGCUCCCCAUGAGCCAAACCUCAUUAAUGCUCUGUGGAAGAUAGGUUUGGUAUAACAGCUGAUGCAGAUCCUGUGGGAAUAUCUGAACAGCUGCCAUGAUCAACAGCUCCGAAGCGCAAGUCUUUUAGGAGGAGAUCUUUGGAACUUGCAGGUGCCUUUCAGAACGUAGUUUCCCCCCAUCAGAUGCCCUGAAAUCAAGCCCAAUCCUUUGUGAAUUGUUGCAGUGGAAGGGCACAGUAAAAGGAAGUUCUCCUGCACAAGGCCCACUGAAAUAAAUAGGGGCUUCCCAUUCAUUUCAAUGGUGCUUGUGUAUGAGAACAUCCAGGCGAAUGGCAAGGAAACUUGUCUUCUGUGCAGAGAGGCUGGUCUACUAGGGCAGCUUUUGUCUGUCCUCAGCCAGACCCUACUUGCCUGCUUUCUUACAUAUAAACCAGCCCAGGAGAUGGCAGUGCCUGUCAGUUUCCUCCCCUUAGUCCCAGUGUUGCCCUUGUAGAACUUGGCAGGAGGAGGAUGGGGGACAAAACUAGAAUUAGUUGGCUCCGUCGCCACCUGCUGCUGGGGUCCCCACUUCCCACCCUGCCAGUCCCAAUGGUGGUAAAGGUAAAGGUAAAGUGACCCCUGACCAUUAGGUCCAGUCGUGGCCGACUCUGGGGUUGUGGCGCUCAUCUCACUUUAUUGACCGAGGGAGCCGACGUACAGCUUCCGGGUCAUGUGGCCAGCAUGACUAAGCCGCUUCUGGCGAACCAGAGCAGCACACGGAAACGCCAUUUACCUUCCCACCGGAGCGGUACCUAUUUAUCUACUUGCACUUUGACGUGCUUUCGAACUGCUAGGUUGGCAGGAGCAGGGACCGAGCAACGGGAGCUCACCCCGUUGCGGGGAUUCGAACCGCGGUGGUACCAGCCACCAAAGCUUCUGUGUGUGAUCACAUUUAUGAAAAAGGAGCAAUCACUUGAUAAUUAGUUCUCGCCAUCAAGUGGCAAGUUGCGCAGGGCUUGCUCCAUGUCUAAAACAGCAGUUUGGCUCACCUUUUCUGAACCUGGAAAAAGAGCUGUGAGUGAAGCUCAAAAAGCUCAUCCACCCCCAGAUGCUAUUGCCUGAUAAGAGCUAUUGCCUGAUCUGCUGCUUCUCCUGUUUCAUGAUUUAAACAGGGCAUUGAAGGGAUUAAGUCCUGUGUGCACCUCCCCCUCCACGUUGCUAUCAAUAUUAUUCAGAAGGAUUAUCUCUCUCUUUGUAGUGUAGAGGGUUGGUUUACUUCUCCCCACUCUCCCCUUCCCCCAUGCUUCUGAUGUAGGACACGGGCAGCCUUCCCAGCAUCCUCUCAACCCUGAUAAUGUCAGUUUGUGGAUUGUAUCACUUAUGGGAAAAUAGAACAUGUUAAAAUGGAAAACCAGAUUUGUUAAGAACAUGAGACCUCUUAGAAGACACCCGUCACCCCUUAACAUAGAUUAUUCAUUACUUAUGCAUUUGUUUUAUUUAAAAACAUGUAUAAACUACUUAACGUUUCAAAAAUCUGUAAGUCGUGUACAAUCUAAAAACAAACAAUAUCAGUAAAACAAUGCUAAUAAAACCCCAAUGUAAAAACAUAUGAAAACAAGUAAAACACGAAUUCAGGGGAGCCAGCAACAGGGCCCGAUCUUAUGCGUCAAGGAAAGCCUGGAUAGAAAGAUAAAUCUUUGCAAAAUGUCUGAACGUUUCACAUGUGGUCGAGGGAAUGGCAUUCUAUAAUACAGGGACAACAACAGACCAUGUAUGUUUUCAGUAUACCCUGUGAUAUUCUGUAGGCUGCGGUGCCACGUGUAGAAUUUAUCCAUAUGGUCUAAGUGAUCUUACAGUUCUCUACAGGCACAGGUGGUCUUUCAGGAGCCUGAUCCCAAGUUGUUCAGGGCUUUAUAUGUCAACAUCAAGAUGUUGAGCAUGGCCUUCUGCACUCAUUAGUGCAGCCUUCCAUAUACAGGGGUUUUGAACUACAGGUCCCAUCAGUCUUUUUUUUUUUUAAAUGAUAUUUAUUAAAGUUUCAGAAACAAAAGAUUACAUAGAUAAAAAGGAAAAAAACAAGAAAAAAAUAAUAAAAAAGAAAAAAAAUACAAAAUACAAAAUACAGAAAAUAUAUAUAUAAAAAAACACUUAAAAACAAAUCAAUCUUUCCGUACCUUACAUUUCAUUUCCUUGCUUCCCUGACCUCCUCUCACCUCCCUUUUUUGUAUUCCAGUUCAAUUGGUUAAUUCAGCAGUUCCUUUCCCUCUUUGUUUUUGUCUUAAUCCUUUAACUUAAUAUAUUAUAGCUUUGGAUUCUCACCUAUUAACAAUCCAUUUUUACAUACACCUUUAUAACAUUGCUGCUAAAACCACUUAACUUCAUUCUGACAUCAUUCUAACAUUCAUUAAUUUUGCAAUAUUUCUGUAAAUAGUCUUUAAAUUUCUUCCAAUCUUCUUCCACCAACUCUUCUCCUGGUCUCGGAUUCUGCCAGUCAUUUCCGCCAAUUCCAUAUAGUCCAUCACCUUCAUCUGCCAUUCUUCCAGGGUGGGUAAAUCUUGUGUCUUCCAAUAUUUUGCAAUAAGUAUUCUUGCUGCUGUUGUGGCAUACAUAAAGAAAGUUCUGUCCUUCUUUGGCACCAAUUGGCCGACUAUGCCCAGGAGGAAGGCCUCUGGUUUCUUCAAGAAGGUAUAUUUAAAUACCUUUUUCAUUUCAUUAUAAAUCAUCUCCCAGAAAGCCUUAAUCCUUGGGCACGUCCACCAAAGGUGAUAGAAUGUACCUUCUACAGGUCCCAUCAGUCUAGCCCAUGGGUAGGCAAACUAAGGCCUGGGGGCCGGAUCUGGCCCAAUCGCCUUAUAAAUCCGGCCCACGGACAGUCUGGGAAUCAGCGUGUUUUUAUAUGAGUAGAAUGUGUCCUUUUACUUAAAAUGCAUCUCUGAAUUAUUUGUGGGGCAUAGGAAUUCGUCCCCCCCCCAAAAAAAAAUAGUGCGGCCCCCCACAAGGUCUGAGGGACAUUGGACCGGCCCCCUGCUGAAAAAGUUUGCUGACCCGUGGGACUCUAGCCCAUCACUAGGAAAGCACUAGAUUGGGGAGGGCAGCAUUAUACUAAUACUUUUGAUUUGGCUUCACUUCAUAUACCACUCCACAUCAUGUUAAGUUAUUGGAUGCUACAGCAGAGGAACUUUGACAUGCUAUCAUGUUCACAAUAUUGCGUUUGGGGGGCAUUUAAAGAUAUGCAACAGUAAACAAGCAUUAUGCAGUCUGUUUUUUUGGAGAGGAUUGGCGUAGCAGCAUCCAUGUUGCGAACAUUCUUUUCUGUAUCCUGUAGGAUAUUGAACUCAUACAUUGAACUCAUACUUAGUACAUGAUGAAAAGUUGUCUGUAAAUCUUUAUCCAGUGUGCAACAAUUAUUUUACAUAUUUCUGAGGCAACGGUUGUUCUUAUAUUGAGGCUUAAAUGUUUACCUUAAAUGCUUUAAGAAUAACAGUCUUAAAAUUGUAUUGCUUCUUAUCAAAGCUACAUAUCGUUCCUUAUUUCAAGGUCUCAUAGAAUAUCAUGCUACUCUUCGUGGGCUAUAAUGCAGAAUCUUGACCUGUUUGAGUUAUUGUAAUCUGUCUUGGUGACAGAUCUGCAUAUUGUUCCUUUCCUUUGUAUACACUGCAUAGUUUAGAAUCCAGAAGUGGAGAGCUCUGGUUUUCAUUCUUUAUUAUUAAAUUGAAAGUUUCCAAUCCUUACGGUGGCAAAAUAAUUGCUUUAACUUGCUAGCUGCUUCUGCUAAAAGAUGCAGAAGUGGUGUAUGGCUGGAACAUGGAGCUUCCCUACUGCAGCUUGCUUUCUCUCCUUUCUUUUUUAUUAUUUUAUUUUAUUUUGACAAAGUAAUAAUCAUAAAUAAAUAAGAAUAAAAAUGUGCACCCCACCACUGAGACCAUUCCAUUGUAACUAUCCAACCUCCCAAAAUUUCAACACCUCUUGCGAUGGUUUGACCCCUUUCCAUUUUAACAGUACAAAUUCUACAAACACCUUCCAUAUCUCCUCAAAAUCAUUUCUCCUGCAUAUGCCCCGUCUUACCUUAAUGGCACAUGUUAAUUUAUCAUUCAUAGCUAUAUCCCACACCUCUUUAUACCAUUCUCCCAUUUUAUGUUCUGCUUGCCCCUUCCACUUCCUAGCUCUCAUAAUUCGUGCAGCUAUCAAUAAAUUUGUGAGCAAGUCCUUCGUAGCCUGCGAACCUUCUCUCUCUCCUUUCUCAUAUCCUUGUGUCCUCGUGUUGUUGUCUGUCCCUUUUAUUCUUAUGUGCUUCUUCCCUUACCCUAUUCUCAUGCUUGGUCUUAUUUUUCUUUCAAAGAGUCCUAACCCAAAUUUAUAAGAAAAACUUGAUUGAGGUCUUGAACUCAAAGUGGUGAUCAUGAGGACUUGAACUUGAAGAACAAGGGAAGCAGGAUGCCACACCAGGUCUCCACACUGCCAGUGAUUCUGAGUAGUCAUUGGAUCCAGAUGUCCCUGCUCCACUACUUGAGGUCCCCACACCAGUUGCCUGGAUUCCUGGCCAGCUUUUGGGUGUACCCACCCCAUCUCCCAGGGUUACAGCAACAGAGGAGACAGCAAUCCAGGCAGGAACUUCAGAGUCUCCAGCAAAGUGCCCACCUAGCUACCUAUGAGGCUACUCAGGAGGAGAGGAAAUGCAUGGAAACUCUCACCUGGCUGAGAACCAGGAAGGGAUAGAGCAGGGGUCAGCAAACUUUUUCAGCAGGGGGCUGGUCCACUGUCCCUCAGACAUUGUGGGGGGCCGGACUAUAUAUUUUUUUUGGGGGGGGGAAUGAACAAAUUCCUAUGCCCCACAAAUAAACCAGAGAUGCAUUUUAAAUAAAAGGACACAUUCUACUCAUGUAAAAACAUGCUGAUUCCCGGACCGUUCAUGGGACGGAUUUAGAAGGCAGUUGGGCCGGAUACGGCCCCCAGACCUUAGUUUGCCUACCCAUGGGAUAGAGCCUCCAGCUCCUGUAUAAGAACCCAGUCCAAGCUGCUUCAUUGCUGAAACAACAGCUUUCAUUCCCAGCUCCAACCUUCCUGACCUGGAGGAAUGGACAGAGAAAUGGUGCAAGUUAAGCCAGUGUGUUGAAAGUGGCUUAUAAUUUGGGCUCUUCUGUGUGUGCCUAUCAUAGGACAUUUUCAUGUUUUAGGAAGUAAUAAUAUGCUAUUUGUACACCGACUUUAAUUACAGUUACCUGUAACUUCUAACAUGGGCUGUAAUCCUGUGUACAGUUAUUUAGGAGUGAGUCCCAUUGAAGUCAGUGAAACUUAACUUACAAGUAGUAUUGCAUAGGAUCAGACUGAAAGGCAGCAAUAUACUCCGUUUUAAGUGUGUCAUUUCACGAAUUUAUUAACAAACAAUUUAAAUAGUACUGGGAUGGGAUUGUCCCAGGGCUGUUCUUGCAUAACUCUGCAUCUGGUUUUGUUAAGCAGUGCUGAGAAUUCCCAUUGUUUUGUUCACUUAAAAGGAAGGGGGUGAAGUAUUUUGCUGAGCAGUGUGGGUUGUUCCAGAAAAGCAUUUAACUUCAGUGAUAGCUUAAAGGUACCAGUGUUCCCACUUUAGCUGGAUGAAUAUCUCAUAAUAGCACUAAUCCUGGCCAUCACUGUGCCUUCCCGCCUUCAUUCCUAGAGCCUCCGUUAACUGGAAAACAAACAAAUGCCAAAACAAAAACUUGAUUUUGCACAAAUCUUUCUUAUUUCUUAUUUUUUUUUUAAGGAGUAAGGAGAAGAGAAGGGUGGGAGAACAGGGCUGUGACUGAGUUGAGGCACUUAGCAUACUGACAGAUGUAUAGCCAACCCUCACCCCUUUUGAAGUCCAAAUUACAUUUUUUCAGUGUGUAACAAAUAUAGAGUUCUAUUUUUAAAAAUCCAAGGGAAGGAAGUGUGUACCACGGGACAAAGAAGAUGCUAUCCUGUACAUGUUUACUUGGAAUUAAGUCCAUAUUCUGUUAGUUUUACUCUCAGGUACGUGUGCCUAGGAAUGCAGCCUAAAUUAUUCCAGCAACUUGAAAGGAAGUGCUACGAGGAUGUGGACACACUUAAUUUGUUUUUUGCUCCGCCUGGGCUGUAAUGAUCGAUUUGCAUAGCCAAGCCAUAGAGCAUGUUUUCAAACCACAUUUUAGCAAUGAACUGCCUUGUGCGGUUAUAUACACAAUGUACCCUAACACUGAAGAGAUGGCAAAUAAAUUGGGCAUAGCCUGUUACAGCCACACUGGCGCUGACUUUCAGCUUUCCUGCGCAAAGUUUUAAAGUUGGACGUUCCAUUUUAGAUUUUCUUCUCUUUCGACUACAUUCCCUUCUUAGCCGAACCAGAUUUGCUCCCCCCCAGUCCUUCGGAGCAGAGCUCUGUAUCAGAUGGAGGGGCCAGCCUCUGGAAAUAGGUUUCAGAUGUUUUCCCUGACCAGUUCCUCAGCCUGCAUCUGUUAAGCUGAGGCGUUUCUAUAGGAACAGAGUGGUGUGACAUCUCUCCUGCUGCUCCCCCAGUGGCUCCCUCCGAGCAUGCCCAGUACAAGUCUUGACUUUGGCUCAAGUAUCCUGUUUGCACUAACGGGCUGCACAUAUGGGACUAUGAACGAGGUCCCCCAUGAGCUGCAAGUCUUUGUCUUUAGGCGGAGGAGGGGGAGAAGGAGGAGGGGGUCGUGCCCCAGGCUGGAGAAUUUGUUCUGCAUGCUCCGAGAACUCGGCCCUUUGGGUGGGCUUCUGAAGAAUGCUUGCCUGCUUGGCGCGCGGAAAUUUAUUGGAUAUCCUGCACGAGGGCUUCACGGAGGUAAAUAAAACUUAUCUGUCUUCCGUACCUUGUCUUCUGCAAAGCUAAAGGACCCCGAAUGCAACUGAAACGGGAAAGAUCUUGACCUCCAAACGUGAGGACUUGAAGCACCCAGCAAGCCUCGCUGGCACUUUGCGGAGCAUCGUUAAGUUUUGGAGAGUUUGUGUAAGCGAUUCCUAGCUAGCUGUUUAUGCACCAAGUUGCAGCAGCAACCUUCGCUGACUGACUCAGCAGCAAAGUGCGGAAACAUUAGGAUGAAAGACCUGGCUUGUAGAAUUGGCAGGUUUUUGCUGGGUGUGUGUGUGUGUGUCUGCUUGAAAUGCUGUAAAGUCUGUUUUUAUGGGCAUGCAGAUUCCUGGAGUAGGGACUUAACAUGCUGGUUGCUCCCCCCGCCCCCUUUCCCCGUCCAUCUUGAUUCUAAACAGUUGGGGACAUAGAAAUCGGCACAUACGGGGUGGGGUGUGCGUGCGUAAUUUGAUCAAUUAUUCUGAAGUUGAAGGAAAGCAUGUUAAAUAAACUCAUACCUGGCUGAUACCAUUGAGGGGGGAGGGCAGCAUCUCCUAGUCCUGCUUGCGAGCAGUUGGUGCAAAGCCAGUUCAGUUUGAUCUGUUUGCCUUUAUCAAGGAAUGCCAUCAGUGGCGGUGCAGCUAAGUCAAGGGUUUCCUGGCUCAGUAAGCUGAGAAGACAGGAGACCAACGUGAGACUUACGUUCAGUGAUCAGGAUUAUGGUGGUUUUCCCCCUCACCUGACAGAACUUACAUUGUGUUCCAGACUUAACCUUGUGUCUUGAUUUGGCUGCUUGUAACGCUUCUUUUGGCGGUUGCAGGCCUCAGCUCUUCUCAGAUGUUUCAUUCCCUCUUUCCUAUUUACAAACUCCUAUCUCACAGUGCAUCCAGAUAAAUGAGACUGCUCAGGGGGAACUUCAGACUUUUAAAUAAAGAAAAUGAGCACUUCUCUCUCUCUCUCUAGUUUUCUUUCACUGCUGUCCCCCCCUUUCAUUUGAAUAUCCUGCUGUCAUUUAUGAGUUUUAGGUUUAUUCAACGUAUACAUCGCUUCCUACUAAAAAAAAAAGUCCCCAAGUGCUCUGUAACGAGAGUAAAAAAUGCAGUUAAUGUUCUGUUUUCUAUUGGCAGGCUACAAACGUCGUUGAACUACAGCUCCCAUCAUCCCAUUGGCCAUGCUUGCUGGGGCUGAUGGGUGUUAUAGUUUAGCAACAUCAGGAAGGCCACAGGUUCCCCACACCUGGCUUAGUCUGUCCUCCUCUCUAUUCUCUGAUGGGAGUGGGGUGGCAGGUAGAAGCAGAGGAAUCCGGAAGGAUAUUUCUGUGGCCAGGAUCUGUUAUUUUUUCUCAUUUUUAAAGCAAGCAGUGGGAUCCACUCUGAGGUAAACACGCAUAGGAUUAGGCCAUGGGCGAACAGCUGUUUACACCCUGGUCUGAGCAUUUCCCCAGGAAUAAAAUAUCAUAGUUUGAGGGUCAGGAAAGCAGAGAUUCCCCCACAGACUCGUGGAUUUUUUGCUGGCGUAUUGUGCAAUGUGUUACUGACACAAUAAUAGUGCAUUAGUUGCUGGACUGCCCACACAUCAUUCUGCUUCAUUAAUUUCUCUGCAAUGCUUCCCUAGUGUUACCACGUUACUUCCAUCUGGAAGGGCAUCCUUGCACAAUAGGACAACUAAAGUAGGCACCCAAAAAUCUCUGGAACCUUUUUUCAGGCCAAGGUGUGUGUUAAAUUUCAUUUUAUAAUCCCUUCUUGGAACAUUUGUAAUAUGUAAAGUUAGAGGAUUUUAGCAGGAAACUACAGGAUGUGCACCACUAAAAAACAAAGCAGCAUAAAACUUUAGAGGGUAUUAACAGUGUUGAGAGCAGGAUUGCUUAUCCCCACAUCAAUACCACCAUGAACACAAAUCAUCCCGAAAGCACAUUGAAAAAGACUCUUGGAUCCUCUGCAACAAAUCUGUCUUGAACUUCACAGCAAGGUCAGUUUGGGAUUUAACCUCCUGGUGUGCCGGCUGGGUGCCAUUUUGGCUUUCGGAUCCCCUGACUCCCAACUGACUUUGGGAAACUGCCAAAUAGGGUAACAAGAUCAUACUAUUCUCAGUUCUUACAUCUGAAAUGAACCAUGCAGGAAUCUCAAUUAGGCUGGGUCUCAGAGCUUUGAGAAGCAGAUCUUUCCUCCCUUUUUCAUUGUGAUAAGUUCAAAUGAGGGGUGAGAUGGGGAAUAGGCAUCGGAGGGCAUGCAAUGUCAUAGCUUCUGUACUGUCUCCCUAUAGAUUUCUGAGCAUAUUUCAUUGUACUGAUCUUGACCUACACAGUCCUAAAUGUCAUGAGCUUCAUGAGACUACUUCCAUUCCCAUAUGCCAUCACAGUGUCUUAAAUCAACCAAGAGUAUACCAUUGAACAAUAAGAAUACAUACAGAGGUAUUAUUGUUGGCUGUUCACCAGCUGUGGCAUUUCUUGCUUUUGUUAGCCAUAGCUAGAUCAUUGCAUCAUAUAUGUCGCAGGGAAUGCAGGGCCUUGGGCAAAUUGUUAAAAAUGUUUUAAGAAAGUAGAAAUGUGAACAGUGCUAAUAAACGUAAGUACAGCUGAAAAGUUAUUGGACUAAGUAGAAAUGAGUUAAACUUGGACUUGUGGACAAGAUUUUGGAGUUGCUUGUACAUAUAAGUUUUUCCUAAUGAGGCAAACAGCCAUUUUCAUCUAGGAAAACUGAUGAGAAAGGGUUAACCACUCCCUCCAGUGCCACAAUUCUUCCUGUGGCUGCUGUUUGCUAAAAUUUAUAGUGACUGCAAAUCCGAUCAUGGAUUUCCAUUAUCUUGUCUAGCUUGGCUUUUAGGCUUGAGAAUUUCUCAGCUGCCCCUCAUAAAUAUCCACAGCACUUUAGCCAAAGAUCAGGAAAUUGCAACUGAGGUUCAGCCUCCUUUUCUUGCAAAAGGCAGGGCCACCUUUAUUUGGGCAGCUUCAAGUUAAAAGGGACUUCAAGUUAAAAGGGACCAUCAUCUUUAAAUUGCAUCUUCAGCUUCUGAGGCAUAAGAAGUAAGACUGUUUUGCUCUAGGUCUCAUGCUUAGAGCUAAGAAAGGGAAGCAAGGAUGUUUGAUUUGUAAUCUUGUGCUUUGAUCCACUAACCACAGUCCUUCCGCUCUACUGUCUUAAGGAGGUUUAUUCAUGAACUCACCAGACUUCGGAGCAGUUGCAGUCUCAGCUAUGUGUGACCGCCACCCCACCCCCAGCUGGCCAGGUGAUGUUGUCUGACGCUUGUUGGACUAGAGGACUUUUCAGGACAUGAUUACAGCAGGAGUGAGAAAGUGGUUCAGCACUAGUAGCUGCUUUAAAAAAUGCUGCAGCUAGUGGCAUAUUUUACUUGCAUGCAGCUAAUACAUUUUGAAUGCAGUUUUUACAAAUGUGACAAGUGUCUCACAGAAAUUAAUGGACCUAUUUCAUGAAGCCUGGAGCAGAAUGGUAAUUGUGCCCCUGCCAGCCCUGAUAUGAAGCAUGGGAAUCACAAACCUUGCAUAACUUUGCUGGUUGGGCCUAGAUACAGUGCAGCAAAAUAGAAUGGAUUCGGCUUAAAAAACAAAACAGAAAUACAUCCAUUCCUUUAUAUAUUCACACAACCCCAAAAACUAACUGCUUAGAAAAAAGAAUAACAAACUGCAAAGAAAACACAUUCUGGUCUCUGCCAGUGGGCCAGGGGACCAAGGUACCGUAUUUUUCGCUCUAUAAGAUGCACCAGACCAUAAGACGCACUUAGUUUUUGGAGGAGGAAAACAAGAAAAAAAAAAUUCUGAAUCUCAGAAGCCAGAACAACAAGAGGGAUCGCUGCACAGCGAUCCCUCUUGCUGUUCUGGCUUCUGGGAUAGCUGUGCAGCCUGCAUUCACUCCAUAACACACACACACACACAUUUCCCCUUACUUUUUAGGAGGGAAAAAGUGAGUCUUAUAGAGCAAAAAAUACGGUACAUAGGAAGGAGGGUGCUCCUCUGCCCCCUAGUAAGAAGAUUGUGGCGGGGACUUACCUUCUAACAUCUGUACAGAGCUUAGAACAUUUUAGACACUUUGUAAGUGUUAAUAUUCAUGAAGAUGAAUUUAAAAGUUCUUAAAUGCAAAUAUAGAGGGGGUGUGCGCGUGCACACACAUGAACAUUUGGCUCUCAAAUAAUCUCCCUACUGCUUUUAUAGUAAUACACUCCUUGUUUCAAGAUCACAGCACUGCUUCUGUGGUUGGCAUUUUGGGAUCUGGAUUUGUCAGGUGGUUUUGUUUCUGCUGGUCUCUCCUGCCUCUUUUUUGCUGGCUGUGAGCACUAACUCAGCCCCAUUAACUCAGGGAAUGAGUGUGACCCAGAAAGAGGGCCUUACUGCCUUCAUGGGUGCAGGGCCAGUUCUGCACCAAUCAAAACCUGUUGUUGCAGGGGUUCCAUUGCGCAUUAACAUUGCCACUUUUAAUUUGAGGGAAAAGCAUAUAAUCAGCAGAGCAGUUGGCAGUACAGAAAAGCAAUGAAACAAUAAAUAGCAAUCUUUCUCUCCAUCAACUCUGUAUAAGAAGAUGGAGAAGAGAGCAGGAAGGCCCCUCUAGCUGGGAAGCCCCAUGGAAUCUUCUCCAGUGAUGCUUCCUCUUCUUAUCUCUACCUCUGCUGCUGAGCAGGGUGUGGAAAUGUGCUGUUCCCACUUCCUUUCUCAUGCCCAUGUUUCGUGGGCAUAGUGGUUGGGAGGAUUGUGCCCAUAGUUGCUUAUGGCGAAUCUGCAAGCUGCUCGCUCUUCCUCUUUCUCUCUCUCUGGACAAAAUUUCCACUCUGUGAUUCCUUUCAGAAGAUGAAUGAGGAGGCAGAUGUGGCUGUUUGAGAUUGCUGUCUCAGUAGCAUCAUGGACCCAGUCCGCUGCCAUGGGGGUGAGCAAGAGAGUAGAGACAAGAACAGCCACUGCUUACUUUUUUUUGCAUGCUUCCCCCAGAAGAGGCAGAGACCAAAAGGGGGCGUGCUGCUGGGGUCGAUAGGCUCCAGGAGGAUUCCUAGCGUUGUGUCUGUGUGUCUGUGUGUGUGGUCUUCCCUUCUGUACAUGGCAGGUCAAGGGAGAAGAAAUUGCUGUUGACUUCUCUUCACUAGGAACAGCUGCUGAUCAGAUGCUUUUCCUUUAAAAUAAGAGUGCCAGUGUUAAACGUACCCUUUUCAAAAAGGGAUGCUUCAUAUGUCGUUUGACCCCUGGUCGCUAACGUAAUCCUUGAAUCAGGGUUCAGGGGAGCAUCCUUAGGCUAAAUGAACCUUCAGUUCCUGGAUAAGAUACGGUGUGUCUCAUUUAAAUCAGAGUGGCUGCAGUUUAAAAGCUGGAAGGCCCCUUGAGGCGAUUGCACAGCCCCUAGCCCUUCAUUCAUUAGCGGAUUAUGUUCUGCAGUUAGCCUGAUUUCCCGCUAUUUCUAAAGGAUGCUCUCCACACUUUUCGGCACUUUAAUAAUUCAGCCUUCCAGCAGGAUGGAGGCAAGAUAUUACAGGGCUGGUAUAAGUGGCAGGUUGCACAGUGAAGAAACUUAGCAGGAACGUGAGUGUGGUUCAGCAUUUGCGGUUUUCUUCAAAAAUUACAACCCCCAAAACAAAUCAAAGGCACUGUGAAGACACUUAAUUGGGUGAACUGUGUUUCUUAGUAUAAGACAAUCUUCCCCAACUUGGUGUGCUCCAGAUGUUUUGUACUGCAACUCCUUUCAGCCUCAGUUGACACAGGCUAGGGCUGAUGGGAGUUGUAGUCCAAAACACCAGGAGGGCACCAGGUUAGGGAAGGCUGCUAUGAGACUUGAUUUUGAUAUCUGGGCUCAACAGAGGCUUUCCAUAGUGUCAGUUGUCUCCAGAUUCAAUAUUUUGCAGGAGGGAUUCAAGCAUAUUCUGGAAAUUUAGCUUUGUGCAAUUAAGUGGAUUAAGGCAGUCUGCUGUCCUAGCACACCAGAUCCACUUGGGGAAAAGAAAGACUUUUUUGCAGCUUUGGAAAGUGAUGGGAAAAUGCAUUGAAAAGAAGAAUGAAUGCAUUGUAGGAUAAAUGAAUGAUUAGCAGGAAGAAAAUAGUGACUAUCUGGAAAUACCCACUGAUGAUGCUACAGUUCCCUCACUCUGAAAGUGAGUUGUCAGGAGUGGGAAGACGACUGCAUUAUUAAGCUGCUGGUUCCAUUUAUCAUGAGCAUGACUUGGCCCUAAAUGAAAAAAGAGGGGGGAGUAAUUUUCUUUUCCGAAACACCGGAUGAUGUUGCACAGAGAUAUGUUUGAAUGAUGGCCCUUGAUUUGUUUGAUAUGGCAGAACCAGCUGAGAUUUCUGAUAAAGAAGCACUUGCUCCAAGGAGGCAGGCAUUGGAAAUAUUCUUUCUCCUUGAAAAGGUGAAGAUAAUCAUCGUCAUAAUGAUCUCCCACCUUUGAAUAAAAGUGCUGGGGAAAAUCACUGAGGCUUGUUGGGUUGAGAGGGGAUGGUAGGAUGUAAUUUUGGAGGACAGGAAGGGCAACGGUGGUUGUUGCAGAUUGAUGGGGUUAGAAACAGUUUGUAGACCUGCCAGUGCGGAGAGACAGACAAUAUUUCCAGUGAUCAUUUGGGGCUCAUGAUCUGUAUUCAGGAAAACAUGACUCUAAGGACCAGUUGAUGCAUCCCUUGUGCCUUGGAAUUUGCCUGGCCUUCUGAAGUGAAUGAGGUGGAUAACUUGCUGGGCUUCAUGCAAAACCACAGUUCAUAUUGUUCUUUACGGAUUCAAAAUGGUUAAACCCUGAUUUUGACAGUCAUGCCUCCUUAGACUUGUCCCUGAUUGCCUCUCCUUGGAAACAGCCUUAAAAUCAGGAGGAAAAUGUUGCCGCUAUUUUUAAACUUACAGAACCUGUUGCUAGGCACUGCUGAGCUCAAGGUGGUCAGGCGCAAGCACUGCAGGAAAAAUCACUGAAUGGGGAGAAAGUCUGAGAUGGAUUAGCUUCUCGGACCUCUGGGUCUCAAUGCAGCCUUUCUGACUGUCUUGGUCUUGUCAGAAAUAUAGGCAGGAACUGAAAUUCAGACUUAGCACCUUGUCCAAGUCUCCAGGCUGCCCACUGUAGUGGUGACCAGCUUUGGGGAACAGAUUCCUUUAAUAAGUAGUCUGUGCUUUGUAUUCUACCCAUUUUAACUAUAUCCAACUGACCACAUCUACUGGUGUCCAAGGGAGUUGACCUUUAGGGAAUGAACCCUUCAUUUUCUAGCACAUCAGAAGAAAAAAUAGAAUCCCCCCCUCCCCGGUGAUGCUUAGGUUAUUCCAGAUGGAUGCUUGGAAUUAAUCACAGUCUCUCUUCUCCAUACCUCCAAUCAUGCUUUUGUAAAAAUCUUCCCCACCCCACUUCAUUGCUUUGGAAAACAACAAGAAUGUAAACUGACCAAGCUCUGGCCAGGAGAUUACUGAGAUCAUCUAAUUAAGAUAAUGUCUAGGAGCUUAGAAAUUAUGCAAGGCCUUAGCCACAUUAUGUCCUGAUGCAAUUAAUGCCUUGAGCUUCGUUCCUUGCCUCACUGUUUUGCCUGCAGAGCCCUGAGUGCUAUGUGAACACUGAAACAAUAACAACAUACACCCUCCAUAGGAAGGAACUAUGGAGGAACAGGGGCAGUGGCUCACAGAUCCUUAUUCUGCUAGGAAGAGAAAAGAAAAAUUAUGACCAUAAUGUAAAAUGUGCGCAUUUAGUUAAUUCAUUAUUCAGUCAUCAUGCUUAAAUAGAAUUGAACUUUCUAGUUAUGGAAUUCACAGGGGUUGUUGGCAUAAAAUUUGUCUUUCCUUGUUGGCAUUUUCCUUUUGAUCUGCAUUAUAUCUGGCGAGGAAUAAAUGUUGAUGGAUGUUGGGAAAUGUGGCUUUCUCCUUAAGUUUCACCUACGUUUGUCGUGUAAUAUGUCCUGAUGCUUAAGACCAGAAAAAAGCAAUUCUUGCUUUAGAAGUGAAAUGUCCUCAAGGAAUGUGUUCAGGUGCCAGUACAGCCCAGAAAUCCAGUUUAUUCAAGAGGAAUUGAUAAAUGAAAAAGAGCAAUGCAAAAUGAAAAUGAAAAUAAAACACUAAACCAGAAUAUUGGUCUAACUAGUCCUACACAGCUGCAGAGCCAGCCGAUUGGGUGCCUGGGGUGGUGUGUGUGCCAGGGGCGGGGCGAGCCAGGGCAGGAUGCUCCUUGGGGCCUCCGAGGAGUCUGCCUGCCUCCUCCCACUUAGCCGCCUGACAGCUGAGGGGCAGGUGGCGGGCAGACAGUUUGGGGCAGCGCGGAGCCUGUGGGCACCCAAGCCACUGCAUCACUCUCAGGAGAGAUGUGCAACUCAGGCGUGCUGCAGGCCCCGCAGUGAGUGCUGCCAGCCAUUUUGUCACCCCCCUCAGUGGUGACACCCGGGGCCCCCUUCCUCCACCCUGGUCCUACAUUUGGUGAAACUCACAUUGGCCAAGCACUCUCAUUGGCCAACUCAGGUCUUGAUAAUUCCUUUUGUUGGUUUCAGGAUGCUGGAUCAAGAGGGUACAAAGGAAUGCAGGGGGCAUAAUGAUAUUUAUGGUCUCUUGUGUCCAGAUAGCUUUUAGUGACAAGUUCCUUGGCACAAUGAAUUGCAGAACAGCCAUGUACUUAACAUCUUUGGGAAGCUGGAAAAUGAGGCAGUGAGAAUGUCAAAUAUUGUCUAAUUUGUCCUAAUUUUCCUACCAUAUAACAGCCUGUCCUCAGCUUGUGGAUUGGAGGGUGACCUCUCUGUUGGAGGUGAUGGAUAACUUGUGUAUCUUAAAGGGACAGGCAAGGACAAGAUGGAAUCAUGCCUCAUCAUGCCCUCACCAGUUCUGCACACAGUCGCCCUCCCAGCCAUAAAGCAGAUGUGCUACUUUUGACUGAGCAACGUGACCAAGGACAAACAAACCCUAAUUCACAACUGCCCUGGAUGAUCCAGCCUUUUGUUUUUCUGCUUCUUUUAUCAAUAUGGUGGUCUGGACCAUCCAUAAAUGCCAGAUUUCAUCAUCAUUCUUGCCACAGGAAUCACACUACCUGCAAUAUUUGGCUUUACAUAGGUGAUUUCAAGUUUCUGAAAAGCAUUUUCUUAAAUUAAUUCAUAAGAGAAAACGUGCAUGCAAAAGCGGUAAGGGGGUUCAAAAAUUCCUUAGAAUCAAGUUGACUAGGAGAAGCCAUGCUUUUUAUGUAUUCUCAUCAAAAACAACAUUUUUUGAAUUCUUCAGAACUGCUAAGGGAAGCACCUGUCAUUAGAAAUAUGAAAUAAAACAGGCUUUAACCUUGCUGGCGAGAAUUCUCUUUCCCCACCUAUCUUAAGGCUGUGUCGUUAUCAGUCCACUGGUGCUGCAUCAAGAUGAGUGCUGUGUAUCAGUGCACUGGAGAAUUGCUUCAGAUAAAUGAUAUUCGCACUUCUCCUCUUUAACUGUCAGGGCCUAUUUAAAGUCAUUCCGCCAUCCCCCUACACUGGUGAAUUCUCACUAUUGUCUACGUACACCUAUUAAGCAGGGAAAAAAAAAUGGCAGCAAUUCACAGCAUGUGAUUCGGAACCUGCCUCUCUGUCUGUGUUAGAUCAUGUGAAAAACUAGCCCAGGCACACUCUAAGUCUGACCUGCUGUUUCAACUUGAGGGUUUAAAAUAGCAAUGAUACAAGUGUAGUUGCAUUGUAUAGGUGCCAUAAAUGGUUGCAGACGUUUUGCUGGCUGCAAGAAUGGUCCGCUGUGAUUCAGCCGCUGAAGGUGCAGCAGGAGAUUCCCCAAUUCCUUUCUUUUAGAAACUUCUACGUUGACCUUAAAAGUAUGUGAAGGACACGUACAUCCAACAGGUUUAAUAUGAGGAAGGAAUACUGCCUGAGAGAUUGUACCUGAACAGAGCAGCUACUUUCCCAUCUGUGGAGCUAAGGUAAAGCAGGCACUCUUUUGGAACGCAAAGCCGUGUUAAUAUAAAUAGGAUUAUGCCUAACCCCACGACAAUCCCACCAAUCGGUGCCUUGUAUAGUAACUCCUGCACUGAGAAUGAUACAGGGAGAAAUUUGGACUUUGCUUUGGGGUUAGCGCUUCUUUGCUCCAGUUUGGCCAUUGGCCGAAGCUCAGAGUGAUCCUAGAGCUAUUAACAGUAGCAGAUAAUGAAGUAAAUCUUUGAGGACUCAGAAGAUGCCAGGCGAGGGAAAGUGGGGAUUUUUUAUUUUUUUUAAAGCACCUUUUGCCCUUACCUCUCCUGAAUAUAACUGUGAGCGUUAUGCGAUCAGAAAGUGACAAAAGGGGGGAACCUUCAGGGAAUUGUUAAAUACUGUGCUGUUUGGAAAUGUCUGAGCUGGAGCAGGGCUGCUUAACCAUGUCACAAGAAGCAAUGUAAUGAGACCACAGGGAGUUUUGUGCUCCAUCGGAAGGACACAGGUGGAUGUGGUGAGCAGCUGGUGGGGAAAGUAUUUAAACAAGCCACAGGAAGAUGCUGUCUGUGCUAUGAUCAUGCAAUGAUAAUUUUCUCAGUGACAGUCCAGUGCCAUCCUUCUGCUUUUUCCAUUGCUAUUGUUAUUGUUUAAUAUUUGUCCCAUGCCGGGCUGUGUGAUGUGCAGGACAGAGCAGUGAUGUCGUCCCCAACCAAAGGAGUUUAUAAUGUACAGUACAUCAGUUAGAUAGGAGGAUGAUGGAGAGGUAUGGGUCUCACAAGUAAAUAGUGGAGGCAAGACUGAUGAAAGUGGAGGUUUGUUCUGGGGUGUGGAUACUUGUUUCUUAGAGAAUAACCUUUGCAGUGGUCGAUAAGGUCUUGCAGUCUGACAACAGGUGAAGGUGAAAGCAGAGUCUGCAAAAAAGGCAGAAGUGUUCGAACCCAGGACAUCAGAUUGCAGGAUACAAAGUUUAAUGUGUGACAUAGUAAGGAAAGAGGCUUGAGGUUGAGCAGUUUGCGGCAAAGACAAGUGUGUGUGUGUUGCUAAAUUAUUUCUGUCUUUCUAUACAGCCCUUCAUCAAAAAUGAGUACACAGCAAUUUACAACGAAAUGAGGCCAUGUAACACAUAAUGCAUGAUAAGCAGAAAACACUGAAAAAAAUACUCAUAAAAUACAUAAAUAACAGAUUGGCAGAACCAUAAUCUAAAAAUAACUUAACCCAUUGGCCUUUAAAAGUCUUGACAGAAAAAGGUGAGCUUUUACCUGGCACCUAAAUGGAUUCCAAGUUUGAGCAAGACACAUUUUUGUGGAGAGGGCAUUUGGCAGACAUGGAGCCACCACUGAAAAGGCUUUCCCACAGAUUCCUGCAUGCAUUAUGCGCCUCAUUUAAUGCAGAGACCACCAGGAGAGCUUCACCUGUUCCGUCUGUGUAAUUUUCAUGAUGAUCGUUCCACACCACACUGCAAUUACAUAGAUUUAUUUAUUUAUUUAUUUAUUUAUUUAUUUUAUCCGCACUAUGAGAUAUUUAUUAAGAUUUUCAAGAAGUUACAAAAUAGAAAAGAAAUAAGAAAAAUACCGAAGAAAAAAGAUACCAAAAAAAAAAAAAAGUUAAAAAACAAUUCAGUCAUCACAUAUUUUUCAUUUACUUAUUUCCCGGACCUCCUCGCGCCUUCCUUCUCUGUAUUCCAGUUCAAAUUAUUAUUUCAGCAAAUCCCUCCCCUCUUUUAAAUCCUUUCCCUAAUUCAUAAUAUUCUGUCAUCACAUUACCUUAAUCUAUUUUCAUCUUAUCAUAUAUAUAUAUAUAUAUAUAUAUAUAUAUAUAUAUAAAGAAGAAGAAAAAGAAACCUUAAAGUUUAGAACUUAAAUCUUAAUUUUUACCAACUUCUCCUAACCAUAACCUUCUUACCUAAUUCUUUAGACAUUUUUGUAAGAGCCAAAUAAUUUCAUUUCAACAUUUUCCUAACAUUCAUCAAUUUUAUAAAACAGUCCUAAUGAUAAAAAUAAAAAAGUAAACAAUCCAGUCUUCGUCCAGCGUCCCUUCCUCCUGGUCCCGGGUUUUGUCAGUCCUUUUUAUCCUAUUAAUCUAGCACGUUAACCUGGCAAUCUUAUAUCCGAGGCCCUCAAGUCCCUUCCAUGUCCCUUCCGCUGCUCUUCUUCAUAUUUUCCUUUUAUGCCUCCAUAUAUGCCUCAAUUUGGCAUUGGCCUGCAGGAAAUAGCUGGUGCAGCUAAGCACUGUAAAGAAGAAAAAGAACCCUAGAAGCUCUUCAGCAGGUAAAAGCAUAAUAUAGGAAGCAAUUCCUUGGUUCACUUGAAGUAGUUGGCAGUCUACAGCCUUAGAAUAUUGGCCUAAGGUGAUUGCUGGGUCUUGAUAACCAGCUGUGGAAGUAAGGGGAAUUCAUAUUCCCUAAAUAAAAAUAAUGGCGGGUAAAGUUUUAGUCUUUAAAGAUGGAAGCUAGUAAUUAGUCCCGUGAAGUAAUUUUCCCUAGAGAAAGAACAGGAGUUUGGCUUCAUUGCCUGCAGUUGUAUCUAGACAUCAUUAUAAUGUUUCUGAUCGUGCUUAAUAACCGCAAAUGGGUUUUAUAGGUGUUCUCACCCCCACCCUAUUCUCAGUUUGCUCUGUAUCCAUCCUUACAACUGGCCUGCUUUGUUUGCCGUCUAGCCUGAUGAAGAAUUCUGAUGAAACCAAAACCUUGCAUAAUUUUCAUGACAUUUUGUUUGGACGUUUAUUUAUAAUUUUUAUUUAUGCUAUUUGUUUUGCUGCUCCAUAACAAAAAGUUUUCAUAUAUUGCCUUUCAUCUGUGACCUGUGGCACAAAGUCUGCCUCUUGAACGGCUUACUGUACAGGGAAUUGAUGGAUUUUAUGGGGGGGGGGGUGGAACCCAAACUAAAAUCAGUGGAAAACUUAAGGAGGCAAGUUAUGGAUUGGUUGCAAUAUCACCAGAUAUACCACAUAUUUAAAUUACACAGAAAGAAUGGAUUUCUGGACCAAAGCUCAAAAUUUGAAAAAGAACUCUUACAAAAUAAGGAUAAACUUCUGUCUAAAAUGUAUAUUUUUUUAUUAAAAUGGAAAACAAAAGGCGAGCUUGUUCAAGCUCUGGGCAAUAGAUAUAGGACACGAUACAGAUCUUAAACUCUGGGAGAAACUUUGGAAAUUGGGAAAUAAAUGUCCCAUCUUCAGAUGCUUUUAACAAAAAUUCAAAUUAGGGAGUCCCUGAGUAAACCUAUACAAAACACCAGCUUUCUAUCUGUGGUAGAUGUACCUUAACAACAAAGUUUGCCUCUUGAACAGCUUGAUGAAAUCAAGCCAAGCCACACACACAAUAGAAUGGAUUGGUUUUGGAGUUUCCUCUUGUGCUUGGACCAAGCUUGGAUUGGGAGCAAUAUGAUUCCCUGAGAUAUGCAGAAGGACUUCUAGACUUGUGAAGUGCAAGGUGCAUUUAUUAACAUGGUUGUUUUGUUUUUUUUAACAAAGGUGCAACUAUUCUUUUUUUUUUUUUUACCCUAGAUUUGGACUCUGUAUAUAACACUUUCUGCUGUAUUAACGUAACAGUUCAUUGAAGAUGUGCAGGGCAGUUAUAAUGUAAGGAAGUGAUCAAACCAAAUGCUUUUCAUUUUGACAGUUCAGAAUUUUCAUGGUUGUCCAGUGCCUCAUGGUUUUCUCAUUUCUGUGCAUUUAAUGCCACUCUGACACUAUUUAGCCAUUAAAUUUUAAUGUCUUUUCAUUUCUGUUGCCUGUUCAUCUCAGCUGCCAGGAAUGACAGGCUGCUGGGGAUUUUUCAUUCUGUAGGAAAAUGAAAUCUCUGUUCUAGACUCAUAAUAUGCCUGAAACUGCUGCAGGAAAGUCUGAUGCUCUGAAGGGGAAAGAUUAUUGAAAUUGUUAAUUAAAUGAGAGUCUGCAGCAACUGCAACACCAUUUGCUUCUCUUUUGGAGAGCAGCAUCACUGUUUGAUAGUAGCAGGAACUCAUCUCCCUUUGAAAGGGACUCUCAAGGUAGAAAGUUGCAAAGGUUUUGAAGUGAUUGGCUAAAAAAUGAAAUCAUGUUAAAAUUUCUGGGCCUAAUCAAAGAUAAUGCAAGUCAGAGCUAUUAUGGUAGGGAGCUCCUCCUCCAGGCAACCUAUUUAUUUGAGCAUCUAUCCUGAUUUGCUUGCCCAAAGCUUAUGCGGUCGUUAGACAUUGUCCAGUCUUUAUUGAGCAUUCACUCUGAUUUGUUUGCAGGGAGGAUAUAUGUCAAUGAGCAUUCAUCGUGUUUCGCUUGCAGUGUGUUCACACAUCUUCCUGUUGAUCAUUUGUACAUCCCACACUUUUUAAUGCAUCCCCUCUUUAUUUUUCUAACUGCAAAAAAUCCAUUAUUAACAGAUUUGUUGUACUAGGGAGGCAGAGCCCUUCAAUUGUGCAAACCUAAACUUAUGAUAACAGGGACGCAGGUGGCACUGUGGGUUAAACCACAGAGCCUAGGACUUGCCAAUCAGAAGGUUGAUGGUUCGAAUCCCCGCGACAGGGUGAGCUCCCGUUGCUCGGUCCCUGCUCCUGCCAACCUAGCAGUUCAAAAGCACGUCAGAGUCCAAGUAGAUAAAUAGGGACCGCUCCGUUGGGAAGGUAAAUGGCGUUUCCGUGCGCUGCUCUGGUUCUCCAGAAGCGGCUUAGUCAUGCUGGCCACAUGAACCGGAAGCUGUGCUCCGGCUCCCUCGGCCAGUAAAGCGAGAUGAGUACCGCAACCCCAGAGUCGGUCACGACUGGACCUAAUGGUCAGGGGUCCCUUUACCUUUACCUUUUAAACUUAUGAUAGCUGCCUGAAUGGUAGUCUGGAGGCACCCUAUGAUGCUGAGAUCUUAGUGUUAAUAUGUCUGAUAGGUCUACUAUUGGUGCAGUGGUUUUAAGUGGAGCUAGUCUGUAACUUAUACCAACUUUGCAUACAGAUGCAGAAGAUGCUGGGUGAAGUGGAGAGCAAGAGAAAUAAAUUGUUAAUAUUAAAAACUGAAUUUCUUUCCCCACGCAAAGCCUACAACACAAAUGAACACCCAAAAGCCCUGUUGAAAUCCAUGGGCCAAAAACAUGAAGCGUUUUUCUUAAAUGUAUAACUGAUUUCAGUAGCUUGUGUAGCAUGGUCCUACACAAAUGUGUUUUUUUCCAGAAGUAGGUCAUAUUGAAUUUCAGUGGAACUUUCUCUCUAGUAAAGUAUGCUUGCAAUUGCAAUUGCAACAGAAUUAAAUUCUGUUGGAUUUCAUUUUUUAAAAAAAUACAUUUAUUUUAAAGGUUUACCCAGCUAUUCAGCUGUUAGAGUUUUAUUGCAGCAUGCACCAUAACACACUAUUCAUUAAAAAAACUCAAUUUCCAUGCAUAACGAUAAUGCAACAGCUGGAUAAAAUGUAUUUCUAAAACAAAAUUCUAAAAAUGAAAGAAACCCCCACACUUGCAAUCAAUCCAACUUUGGAGUGAUAGGUAACUCAUUGACAAAAGUCCGGUAGGAAAGGAAUGGUUUAACCAAUUUCUUGAAGGCUUCCAUAGACUGAAGCUGAUGUGCUUUCCUGCAGAACACCAGGGAGAAUGUUCUGCAGGGAAGGUGCCACCACAGACAAGGCCCUGUUCCAAACACAGAUGAGUUAAACCCCCACUAGGGGAAAAACCCCACAGAAUGCCUUGGGGCCAGGCGGCUUAGAGGGCUUUAACUGUUAAACCAACCCCCUUGAACAGAGCCAAGGCGCUGACUAGCAACUCUGAAGCUUCUUUAAUAUGUCUCCUCUGAUCAACGCCACAGGCUGAUGCAUUUAAUCAAAGGUACCCUCAUCCCAUUGCAACACAGUUUUUCAUUGUCCUGUUCUUCAGGUUUUCCUCUGCUCGCUUCUGGCUUUUCUGCAUUGUGUUGCAUUGUGGCAGCCCACUCCACCCUCCCAGUGUCCCCCUGUUUUUCUGCUGAGCAGGGGCAUCCAACAGACAUCAGUGGCUGAACACCUUUCUGAGCAAGGCAGCCCAAAACCAUGUUGUGUUACGGCUGGAGUUGGAUUUUUCUUGUCAAGAUGAUUACAAGUGGUGCUGUGAUCAGACUUUGUGGCGGAUGGGCUGCGUAGAAGCAUGUACUGUGACUGACGUUGCUGAGAUGGCUUGAAACCUGCCACAUCGGCAGAAUAACAGGGAGCUUAACAGAAAGGAAGGCAAUAUACCGUAAAAGGAAUAAACUGGAUUAUGUCGCCUCAAUGGCACAGGCUCUUGUCUGCCCCUAGGGAGUUCCCACCACAAUAGGAUUGCUGCUUGCCGCUGUACUGUAGGAUGGAAACUGUAUAUUUUCAUGUUAAUUAAACUGGUAAACACAGGUGUGUGUGUGUUCCCCCCCGAUAUUUGUUACCUGUCAGUUAAGUAGAAAAUCUCUAAAUUGGUUAACAAAAAAUCCUAAAGAAUACACAAAAGCAAGUCAGAUUUUUUAAAUGUCCUACAUUUAGGUAGCAACCAAAGUGAUUAGAUGAGCAGAAGCCUGGGGGUGCAGGGGGGAGAAGGGCAAUUGGGGCAACCCAAAAGUGCUCUGGGAGAGAGCCACCUUGGUCUAGCAUCCAAGAGCAAGCAAGGAAGGAGCGAGUCCAGAAUCCUUAAAGAGAGAGUUCCACCUAUCUCAUGUUCUCACUUGCUGCACAGCAUGCUGCAGGGCAUGUGAAGCAAAGUUUCUGAGGAAAUCUCAACACACAGGUGGGUUCAAAGGGGAACAGGAAGUCCUUAAAUACACAUUUCAGAACAAGAUGCAUUCUGGGACCAGUCAUACCUUGGUUCUCAAACGUCUUGUGACUUGCAUGUUUUGGCUCCCGAACGCGGUUUGCGAACGUUUUUUGGAAGCCAAACGUCCGAUGCAUCUUCUGAUUGGCUGUAGGAAGCUGCAGGAAGCUCCUGCAGCCAAUCGGAAGCCAUGCCUUGGUUUCCGAACGUUUUUGGAAGUCGAAUGGACUUCCGGAACGGAUUUUGUUUGAGAACCAAGGUACAACUGUACAGGCUUCCCAACAUUUCUUUCGUUGACAUCCUAUUUCACAUUCUUUAGUUUGCUACAUCUCCAUUGAUUAUCUAUUCUUUUCUCCUUCCAUUCAUGAUCCUUUAUUUUGUCUGCUGCUGAUCACAGAUUUAUCCCUGCUUGUAGAUUUAUCUUAAUACCACUUCGUUUUAAAUACACUUCAGAUUGUUCCCACUGGCCUGUUAUUAUCUUUGCAUCUAUAGUUCUUACUUUGGCUGUCAUACUUGCUAGUUCGACAUAUUCUAUUAGUUUAAGCAGCCACUGGUCCUUUGUUGGGAUGGCCCUCCCUUUGCACAUUUUUGCGUACGCUAUUCUUGCAGCUGCUGUUGCGUAUAGAAAUAAGUUUUUAACUUCGUUUGGUAUUUCCUGACCUAUUGCUAACAGGAACGCUGCUGAGUUUUGGGGGAAAGUGCACUUAAGCAUCUUUUUUAAUUCAUCAUAUAUCAUUUCCCAGAUUUUUUUUUGUGAAUUUGCAUUGCCACCACAUGUGAAUUAAAGAGCUCUCUGUAUCUGAACAUUUCCAACAUAAAUUUGAUCCUCUUUUAUACUCUCCAAAAUGUAUAAAAGAGGUGGCAUCAAUAUUUAUUCCAUUAUGGUGUCUGUUUAUAGGGUUGUUGUUUUUUUGUAGAGCGUGACCUGAGGCAACAAUGGAACUGUGUGUACACCAUGAGAAACAGUGUUCUGUGGUUUUACCUGAAAUUCAGAUAAGUCUCCAUUCAUGGUGUUUGAAAGUGAGGUCUUAGCUCCAUCUGGGAUCCAGUGUGCACAAGAGUUACAGUGUGUGUGUGUGUUGAACCUCCUUGGUGCAUAAGUUUUUUCAGAUUACUUCAGCGAAAGGGGUAGCUCCUUGGUCUCCUCAUCAUUUCUUGUGAACUGCUGAACACCUGAGUGUAAAGUCAGUGGGUGAGCCCUUGCAUGUGCAGUUCAUUGUGUAUGUCAGGAUGGACAUGGUGUUUCGGAUUGCUGCCUUGUUGCUUUCCCCCCCUCAUGCAAGGAUGCAGUUGUGCAAAGGUUCUCAAGCAACUCUUAAGAUGGUAAUGGUGUGGUGUUCUGAUUCCUCUUUUCCAGCAACAGCUGCAAGCAUAUGUGGCCUGGGUGAAUUCACAGCUGAAGAAGAAGCCUGCAGUUAAGCCAGUGCAGGACCUGAGGCAUGAUCUCCGAGAUGGCGUUGUCCUGGCUUCUCUCAUUGAGAUCGUAGGUCAGUAACAUGGCGGGCAGAAGACACUCAUUGUAAACAUGUCAGGGUUGUUUUCAACUGCACCCUCCUCCAUAACUUGAAUGAAGCUAGUCUAGAGUGGUGCACAAUGGCUAAAGUGUGCUGUGAAAGGAAGACUGUGUGCAUGCCUUCUGUCUCCAAAAUAAAAUAACAUAAAAUAAUAAAUCAAUGAUAGCACUUCACCAGAAAUUUGUCUAAUAUUGCUCCAGUUUGUCUGCCUGCACUUCCAUUGCACUGUCCCUUGAGAGGAGCUCCCCAGUACCUGUCAUGCUUGGACUGCUAAGGAAAAAUCUUUAAACUGCUGGUGGGAAUUGCAGAACAAAACAGGAGGGGUGGGUAGGUAGGGCUUCUUUAGUUUCACAUAGGCUCAAGAUGUUUGCAACCAGGUCUCCACGAUCCCCCGUCAGAAGAGAACAACCUGUGAAUCCCAGAAGCAAACGUUCCUUACUUCCAUAUAUGUCCCAAUAGAUGCCAGAAUGCUUUUCAUGACUGACAACCUGAGCCAAGAGCCGUUUUAGGGAAGCGAUGAAAGGAUUUCCUUUACUCCUAGAUCUAUUAUUCUUAUUAUUUAGAGGUAGUAGUGCCUGCAUUUAGGAAGAGCCAGUCAUACUGCUAGGACUCUAGAAACUUAAAUAAAAUUUGAUCCCUUGUCAUUUACAAAGCAGAGUAGGAGUUGCAUAUAUUGAUGAGACAGAAUGGGAUUUCAUUGGUACGGGGUGGUAAGUGAGUACACACAAAAUGGCACAGCAAUGAGCUUAAUAAUAAUAAUAAUAAUAAUAAUAUGCAUUUGCAUAUGGUAGAGUAGAAAAACAGCAGGAAUUUUUUUAAAGGCUGCCUUUCUAACCUGCUGUAAAGAUUGUUUGGAACUUUUUUGGCUGUUCCAAAUCAUGGUACAAACAAAGCUUUCAAUACAAAUCCUUAGUCAGCGUCCAGGCGGCUGAGAGAAGUCAAUGAUAGAAAGGGAGAGGUUUUGCACAAGUCAGCCACAAAGCAGACUCGCCCCAGUCCCUGCUGAAAAUAAGUUUCCCAAACAGCUCUAUGGCUUUGAUAAAUUUAGGUAAAGCACCAGCAACAAGCAAUGGUUGUAUACACCAGCAGUAGCAUUUAAAAAUGUUUUUAGGAGAAUAAAGGCAGCAUUAGUAGCAACAAAAAAGUUUAAGUUUGCUGCCAUCCUAUUACUUACCCUGGCACUCAGUGCGACUUGCUUCUAAGUAAACAUGGGUAGGAGUUACUGAUUGAUUCCCUUUGUAUAUCACCUUUCUGCCAAGAUGGCUUGAAAUGUAGUACAGUGGUACCUCGGGUUACAUACGCUUCAGGUUACAGACGCUUCAGGUUACAGACUCCACUAACCCAGAAAUAGUACCUUAGGUUAAGAACUUUGCUUCAGGAUGAGAACAGAAAUCGUGCUCCGGAGUUGCAGCAGCAGCAGGAGGCCCCAUUAGCUAAAGUGGUGCUUCAGGUUAAGAACAGUUUCAGGUUAAGAACGGACCUCCGGAACAAAUUAAGUACUUAACCCGAGGUACCACUGUAUACUUUUUUAAAAGAUGAGAAACGGGGCUCUCAGUCUCAGGAUGGCAGGAAUUCCUUACCUUGCAUGUCUUUUAAUCUGCCUCUCAUUGGGGUGUUCAUGUCUUAAGCAGCCCCUCAGAAGGUAGGGGAAGCUCUUAAGCUGUUGAUGGUCCCAUCAGCUCCCAAUUCUAGGUUUCUCUUCUACCUCUCUUUGGGUUACACAGGAUUGGGCUGUAGAAGUGCUAGUCCCACCCAAAAAGCAAACAUAAGUUCUAAGCAGUACAGUGGUACCUCUGGUUACGAACUUAAUUCGUUCCGGAGGUCCGUUCUUAACCUGAAACUGUUCUUAACCUGAGGUACCACUUUAGCUAAUGGGGCCUCCCGCUGCCGCUGCCCCGCCAGCGCACAACUUCUGUUCUCAUCCUGAGGUAAAGUUCUUAACCUGAGGUAGUACUUCUGCGUUAGCGGAGACUGUAACCCGAAGUGUUUGUAACCCAAGGUACCACUGUACUGGAGUGGAACGAAAAUAAUAUCUCUUUUUGCCCUGAAGGCCAUGUUUGACCAAUGCCUUAUUCAUGAUCGGUAUCCUUGCCAGACAAUGAGAGUAUGUCUAAACUGUGAUUUUAUUUUUUCACAGGGCUUCCUUGGGUACUAAUUUCUUUGCUGAGAUACCACUAUUUAUUUAUAAGGAGGAAAUAGUAGGGUUUGCCAUAACGAUUGUUGGGAUAAUGCCACUCUUUUCAAAGGCCACAUGGUGGAGCCUGCCAGCAGGAGGACAUGACUGAAUCCAGCUGAUACAGCAGAUAAUGAAAGAUCCCUCUUUGCCAGCUGCAUUUGAGGGCACGAGCUCUGUCUAUUUAUUCUAGUGUUCCAGUGCCCUAAGAGGAUGGUGAAAUCACAGCUUGUACUCCCCUCUGCCUCCGAGGAGAAGCAGCUGCUGAGGCUAACAACUAUUCCCCUCCACCUGUAACAGCUCCAGUAGGCAGUUACUGUCACACAAGCUCAUUCUUCUUGAUAAUUAGGUUGUGUCUCUUCCACAGCUGGAGAGAGACUGAAUGGAGUGCAGGUCAACCCCGCCAGCCCUCAAGAAAUGAGGGAGAAUGUGGAGAAAGUCUUGCAAUUCGUGGCAUCCAAAAAGAUUCGUAUGCACCAGACAUCAGCUAAAGGUGAGGGCUUCUUGGUUUGAUGUAUACAGAUCAAUGAAAUAGCAUUGCACGUCAGUAGAAACAAGCAUUCACCUUCCUCUUUGCUUUUUGCAAGCCGUGUUUGCCAGCAUUUCCAUUGCUGAGUACAACAAAACAUUCAGUGGAAAAGAAAUAUAAAAGGCAAAGCCUGAUGCUGUUCCAUCUUCCUCUGGCAUCAACAUGAGUCACAAACAUCACAUGAAUCGGGAGAAAUGUUCUUCCAGUCUUGUGAGCUUCAGAGUGCUCUCGUUGGAAAUACUUCUUACCUUGAGGCACUGGGUGUGGGUGACAAGGGGCACAGUGGCUUCUGUUGUUUCCAGGAGGAGAAGAGCACAGCCCUGCAGGCUGCAGAUGUCAGCUGGGAACCCUCUGUACAUACGGGGGGAAACAGUGGACUCUCUGUGACAACGGCAGCAUUCUUGAGAAGCCGUGAGAUGUUACCCAAGAGUUUGUACCAGCUUUUAUGUAAGCUGCAUCAGGCCUCAGAUUUUUAUGGCACCCUGGGAAACCAUCUGUUUGUUUGUUUUUUACCAAGAUUGGGUUUCCUACAAUUUUAGGUGGAAUCCUGGGAAACAAUAAAUAGGAUUUUCUUGGUAAAAACUCCUUGUGCUUAACCUAGCUCAGCUACUUUUUCAGGAAAUUGGGCGCACCAUCAUACUGCAAUGAAGACCAGACGAUAGCAGGAUAGAGGUAGGGCUGGGGCUUGGGAUAUUUCCGCCCCUGAAAUAGUAUAGAACAAGUUAUUCAGCUGCCUGGAUAGAAGUGAUACCGUUGUAUUCUGGCAAUUUUGUCAUGAGCACAAUCACAACCUGGCAGGAAUGGGUUUGUGAAGAGUGCUGGCUGCACUUAGGAGGAAGACUGCACAGUUGGAGGUAUGGCAUCCGAAAUGCAGACUGAUUUGUUAAUAUUUAAACCAUUCCCAGGAGGUUCACCUGUUACAUUAAUGCUGGUUCUUGAAAACCAGCAGCAUUGCUAAUCUACACAGACAGUGUCAGUUAGAUUUUUUUUAAGGGAUUCUGCAAUUUGUUUCCCUUGGGUUUAUCUAAACAUUCAAUGAACACUUACCCCCAGCCACAGUCUUAUAGAGGAUUGUAGUGCGUGUGUGUGGAUGACGACAGUGGUUUAUAAAUCAAUAAAACUAAAUAAAUCCCCAAAUGGUGUGAGCAUGGGACCAGAUGUUUUCUCACAAGAGUUUCAAUUAGGUGGUGCCUGUGACACUUAUAUAAUAAUAAUAAAUAAUAAUUUUUUAUUUAUACCCCGCCCUUCCUGGUUCAGAAAACUGGGCUCAGGGUGGCUAACAACAAAUUUAAAACAAUUGUAGAAGCAGCAUAAAAUACAGUAUAAAAACAUGCCUUAGCAAUGUGCACAUUCCCCCACAUUCAGAUAUCUGUGCUUUAAAAGUACGAUGCUUCGUAACUUAGAAAAUCAUUUCCUAGCUUUGUAUGUGGUAUGUACUGUUUUCUGAAGACAAUAAAGCGUUAAUAAGAAAAAAAGAAAAGAAAAACCAGUGCAACAAAAGCAAGCCCUAGCCUGAAGGAAGAAAUCUAGAUUGCCUGCAACAAGUGAGUUGCAACUGCCCAUUUCAAUGCAUUGCUUAAAAUUUAUGUAGGGACGUGUGAUAACCUGUGGGUUAGAUUUUGCUGCUUCUUUUUGAGUUAGAAGUAGACUCCCCUCCCAGUUUUAUAUGUGAACAGGGCAGACACCUGCUUAAAAUAAAAUGUGAUAGCUCUGAAUGUAUAGUUUGGCCUUAAUUGGGCUUGCUUACUGGAAAGUGUCCCCAUAAUUAUGAUGAGAUAGUUUCCCAUCCAGCAAACCUGGAAGUGUGCCAUGCAGUUAAAGGCCUGAUCUGUAGGUGGCAGUAAUUGAUUUUCUUUUGAGUCACUUAUUCAGCUACAUUCUCAAAAGUUCUAAUGGGUGUAGCUACCAAAAGUGGCAGCUGCAAGCUGGAUUCCCUUAAACCUUCUCUGCUUCAGCUGGGUCUUCCAGACAUUAUUAUGCAUUUUUAUUUAUUCAUUAUUUUAUCAAAUUUAAAUACCGCCUUUCAUCUGAGGUUCAUAGGGCAGUUUACAGUAUAAAAACACAUACUUAGCAUAAUAACAAACGAACACCCCCCCCCCCCAGUUUAAAAGGCCAUAGAUUGUUUAAUUAGCCAGAGGCCUGGGAGAAGAGGAAUGUUUUUGCCUGGCGCCUAAUGAUAUGCAAUGAAGGUGUCAGGCAAGCCUUACUGGGGAGAGUAUUCCAAAAGCGGGGAGCCAUUGCAGAAAAAGCUUGUUCUCAUGUUGCUGCACUCUGGACCACUUGUGUUCAAAACACUCAUUGUUCUAGGUGCAUUUUGCAACAGGGAAUUAGUUUCUGAGCUCUAGGCGCAGUACUGCGCCUAAGAUUUCAGAUUAAAACUGCAGAGUGGAAGGAAAGGAGGACCUUUUUCUACCUCCCCACUUCCAGCUACUCUCUGAAGACUGGAGAAGAGACCCUCUUAAGAAUAUUAGGGGGGUGGGCACGGGAAGGACUAGACAAUGUGAAAAAUGAACAGAAUGUUUUAGCUGCGGUUCAUUCAUUGUCAGCUUUGCGUUCUUGUUAUAAAAAAAGCAUGCUUGGACAUAAUAAUAAUGAUUAAUAAUAAUUUAUUAUUUAUACCCCGCCCAUCUGGCUGAGUUUCCCCAGACACUCUGGGCGGCUCCCAAUCGAGUGUUAAAAACAAGACAGCAUUAAAUAUUAAAAACUUCCCUAAAUAAUAAUAAUUCUGUGCGCCCACAACCUAGGUUUAAGGUGUCAUUUAGCUCCUAGCUUUCACAACUCAGUUUCUAACACUGCACAGAGUCCGGGUCGGUUCAUAUGGGGAGAGGCAGUCUUGGGAGCAAGAAAUGCAUAUCAUAACAGCAUCAGGGCUCUGUAUAAGUUGAACUACACCUGCCAGUGGAUAAGGAAGGAAGGCCAUGGACUUGAAGACUCAUGGUGCAGCCACCUUUCUGAACCUAAGCAGAUUAGAUAUCGUUGGAGCCUGGGAAUCCCAUAUACACUGCCUUGACUUUCAUGGUGUAAGAAAGUUGGGAUAUAAAUAUACUAACAUGGUUGCAACAGUUGGCCAGACUGAGUCAUGCUGGGUUUCAGGCAAAUAACCUCAUUGUUUGGGUUUGGUUGUAUUUUAUAGACAUUGUUGAUGGGAACCUGAAAUGCAUCAUGAGGUUAAUCCUUGCCUUAGCUGCUCAUUUUAAACCUGGCUCAAGUAAAGCUGCCAAUCAGACUCCAUCGAGCAUGAUGGGAAAGAACUCGGCAGGAACAGGACUGUCAUCAGCCAAUCACAGGCCUCAGUCAGCUGCUGCUGUUGCCCAGGGUGCAGUGGCUGCCCUGGCAGAUGUUCGCCAGGAUGUUUUGCGUUUGGGGCGUGAUGUUCUCCGGCACAGACAGAGGUAACUCAUUUCACUUGUUCAGUUUCAUUUUGAUAAUGUGAGCUAUUUGGAACGCCAACAAACACCCUUUGAUUAGUUUUUCCGAUACUCAAGUUUCUGCCUCAUUGACAUAUCUAGAAUUGAUCAAAAAGGGGUUUUCCCUAGAGUGGAUUGACUCAUCAUCUUGUUUUUGUUUGGGUGGGAAAGGCUUUUUUUCUUUUUUCUUUGCCUUUUUCUGUAGCAUGUGACUUGGCUCUCUUUCUUGAGAUACCUGGGGGUAUAUGCUUUGCUGACACCAUUCUGCAACUGCCAUUUUCUAGUAGCAUGCUGGUAUGGAUUGUGCAGGUACACUUGUGACGGCAAAAUGUUACAUCAGGAGCCAAUGAAAGGAGCGAUUGGAAUUGUAGGCUGAUGAGAAGAGAUUAACAAAAGCCUUAAAGACUUGUAUUUCCACAGGCCGGUGGGAUUGCAGACCUGGCCCCUUCCAUUCAUACCAUUAACCUGUCUACUUCUCUCUUUGGAUCCACAGCUGCCACUUUGCCAUUUUUCUGCAACAUUUGUUUAGUUUGCCUUGUCUUGUGUAGCUGAUGGUACAACAGUUUGUUUUUUUUAAAUGCACAUCUUUAAACCAAUUAUAUGCAAGGAGUGAUGAUGUGCCUUUUAAAAAUCUGGAUAAUAAUAAUAAUAAUAAUAAUAUAAUUUAUUUAUAUCCCCCCUCCCCAGCCAAAGACGGGCUCAGAGCGGCUAACAACAGUAAAAUGAUACAACAUUCUAAGAUCAUUUCAUUAAGGAGGCAGUGCCAACCAAAUCCUAUGAAUAUGCCUCAUUAGCCUAAAUUGAAGCCAAGGGGGGGUUGUUGUUGUUGUUGUUAUUUUACACUGUUUUUCCUUGCUCAUGGUGCGGUCUUUAAUCUUCAGAGACAGCAGCCUGGAUGAAGAGAUUGAGCAUCCGUACUGGAGUGUCCGAGCACUGGUACAGCAAUACGAGGGGCAGCAAAGUGUGCCUUCCGAGUCCCACUCCUCCAGGUACUAAAUUUGCUCCUUGCAGCUCCUACCUCCAUGCUUUUCCAAAUCUACCCUUUGUAGAAGCUGGUCCUGUAAUGGGUUUUAAAAAACAAGGAAGGCUAUUUUCCAUGUACAUGAUGAGCUGCAUGGAAUCUUCAGUCUGAUGCAGAAUUUAGCUUCUUUAGAAUCUCAAGUUUUGUUUCAUCUAGAAUUCAUGAAUAUUUAUAUAUGGGAGAGCAGACACUGCUUGUUGAAGGCCCUAAAGCAAAAGCAUUCCCAACACAAACCGUUUGAGUAGUUAUGUUGUGGUGCUUUCAUGCACAGUCUAGCUCUUCGCCUUCUCCCAUAGCUUUUAGCCCUGUGCCGCACAGAUUCCCCAAGUAUAUUGCUCCUUGCCCUUUACCUCCUCAGUUUGUGCUGGAAAUAUUUCAUACUACACACACACACACACACACACACACACACCAGCAGCACACUGUUUAAAUUGCACUAACUUUUAUACUGUUUCUGUGGAUUUAGAAUUGGGAGAUUCUGUGCUCAUGUUCAUUAGAAUUUAGCAAUUCUCCCAGAAUUUUAGCAUAAGACUACCAAAUGCCUUCCCCACCUUCCAAAUGUGUUCCCUUAAUUGCCCCCCCAAAUCCCUCCCAAGUGCUUUGUCUGUGAUGGCCAUUACUCUUUAGUCACUGUUGAUACCCUCACAAUUGUACAAUCAGAAAGCAAACCCUCUGAACUCAGAGCGUUGUGUGUUAAUCAGUUUGCCUGCAUCUGCCAAUUUGCGUCCUAUUUUCUGCUCGCUGGGCUUUUUUCCGCUUGCCUCUGGAUUUCUAUUACAUGCAUUUUCUCUUUGGGUGCAAAAUUUUGCAGGGCACAGUAAAAUGUCGGUGCUUACAAGCAGCUUUCUUCUCUCUGUGGGAGACACAAGAAAAGGAAGGAACCUUUGACGGCAUGGUGGAGAAAGCCUGAUACCCUGUAUCAGGGACCUUUUGUGGGCCAGCUGGGCAGAGUGAAGCUGAUUUAAGUCGUGGAGUCAGUUGCAAAGAGACAGACAGAGAGAGAGAGAGACAGCAAGAAAUCUCACUUUCUUUGACUUAAAGGAACUGUGGUUUACAGCUGUUUUUUUUCUACCAUGAUGCCUCAUCUAUUGUUUGGCAUCACCCCAGGCUUUUCAUUCUCUUGUUUCUCCAUCCUCAAACCCCAUGGACCCCUCUGGAUUUUCACAUUUGGUGCAGUUCAGCACGUAGUUAGUUUGUGGAAAACCUCUUCCUCCCACAACUCCCCUGUGGUGGAAAAGUAAGAGCUCUCCACAGUCCACAUAGCGGGUGCUCUCCCUUGGAACUGAAACUCAGGGCAAAGUACUUGCACCGCGCUAUAAAAAUCCAUGCUAUCAUGGCUGUCGGAGAACCUCACAAGCUAAUUGAGGUCUGAGCCUUGGCAGUAGUUGAGACGGAGGCCCCUGGGAAAAGGACCUUGCAGGAAGUGGAGCUUGACUGUAAUUAUGGCUUAUUUUUACUCAGACCCAACCAAGAAGUCUAAAACGAGUGCCAUGUGUGCCUCUGCAGCUUAGGCAGCAGAAUCCAUUCCUUGUUUCUCUGCCAGGCCUAUAGGGCUACAGCUGUGAACACAAUAAUGCAAAUCGGGAGGUCAUCUGCACAUCAGAACAGCAUGAUGUGACCCACACAGUGUAUUUUGUCACUUCUGCUGUUGCACAUAGAUGUGAUUUCACCUUUGUAUUCCUCACCCUAAAAGCAGUAUCCUCAAAAGGGUGUCCCAUGCCAUGGUAUUUCUACUGCAAAGGUAGAAUUUGUAUCCAAUUUCUUCUUCUUUUGCUGGAGCUUCUGUUGCAGACAGACUCUGCGUAGACCCCACACCAGAUUAAAUAAUUAAUUGAUGAAUUAUUUAGCAUAGUCUUGGAACAUUAAAACUGGAUACACAAAUAAAUCAUACAGCUAGUUACAGCAUUCCAAUUGCUAAAAACAGAUAUGCAUUUUUCAACAAGAACCCAACAAAAUUUUCUCCUGAUCUGCUUUUUUUUUUUUUUGCAACCCUCUCAUUAAUAUGGGAAGAAACGUGCAAGACAGCUGUGCACCACAGAAACUUAUAGGUCAUAAUGGCCACCAGAGAAUAGAAAGAGAAGACGUACACUAGCCUGUUAAUGAUUUCACAGAAAGGUAACAAGCACACUUUUUUUUUUUUACUACCUAAGGAGCUAGGUCACAUGCACACCAUACAUUUAAAACACAUGGCUUCCUCCAGAUGAUCCUGAGAACUGUAGCUUACCCCUCGCAGAGCUACGGUUCUCAGGGUUCUUUGUGGGGGCAGGGAGCCAUGUAUUUUAAAUGUGUUUCCAUGCUAGCCGUGGAGGAGAAGGCACCCUCUUUUCUGCAGCAAGUAACAGAAAUGCAGCAUCUUACUCUGGUAAGGGGCUUGUAAAAAAAAAUUAAAAAUGCCUUCUACCAUGCGGGCUGGCAGAGGAGGGAUGCAGCUUCCCUUUCUCUGCAGCUAGUACAGAGACCAAGUGGACAGGUGGAAGAGAGGUGGAGAGAUCUGUUCCUCCUCCGCCACUUACUCCCUCUUGCAUGGAAUUCUUCAUUACCUCCCGCAGCUGCCAAGCAAGUUGUUAAAUACAAGAGUUCUCCUGGGCUUUCUGCCACUCACGUUCUGUUUGGGAAAGGGAGACAAGGGAGAUGGAAUAACAGGCAUUCAUCAUUUUUGCAUGUCAGUUCAUUUACAUUCAUUCAGAUUUAAAACGCCCACUGAUUUGGAUUGCGGUGGUGUGCUUAAAAUAAUAAUCAUAAUCCUAGGAGGUGUGCUGUUACGCACAGUGAAAAUAGUAUGGCUCGUUUCAACCCCAUCUCUGUGUACCUCCCAUGCAUACAGAUAUUUCAAAAAGUCUGGUGGAGUCAGGGAUUCUCAACUUUUGUUAGAACUCUUGUUAAUUCAAGAAAUGCAUGACUUGCGCCUCCCCUAUUUUAAUUUUUUUUUUUUUAAAGGAGCCUAUGUUGAUUGGUAGACAGAGGUCCUUCUUGUGACAAUCCCUGGACCCAAGCAUAUUAGAGGGAAAGAAUAAGACGUCUUAUAUAGGAUGCUCCAAGGCAGCCGACUGUAACUCAAAACAGAGAAGGAGCUAACCUAUCACCUAACCAGGCCCACAGGUGUACAGCUGCUCUUCCUGUAGAACAGCUCUUUCUAUUCCCCUAACCUAAGGCAGUAUCAUUCUACCACCAGCCCAUGCACAUCAGCUUGUGAGAAGGUAAGGAAUGGAGGCAGAAUGCCUCUUAACCCAGGAAGAUAUAGGCAGGAAAAACUGCUUGCCUUUCCCUAGCAACUGUGCCAGUCCCUGGGUUUCUGAUAUAUGGGGCAAAGAGAGACAGUGCCACCAAAAAUACCCUUUUAAAGAGAAGGAAAUGGAAUCCCUGGUCAUGUGAUCUCAUUAAAAACUGCAUGGCACAUUUCACAAGAGUUAGAGUGAUUGGCCCACAGAGCCUGGCCCGAUUCCAGGGUGGGUAAUUACAAUUUGCCUCCUGCAGUUCCCUCUGCUGUUCUAAUUGGCAACAUUUCCCCCCUCUCUUUUCCUGACCUAAAGUCUGCCAUAACUCUGGUAAUCAGGAGCUGAGGAUUCUGGAAGCAAGCAAUAUGCUGACUCCAUUAUUUGGGAAUGUUACUUGGAAUUCCACUCCCACUCCCCAUCUCCCAAGCUCUUUUGGCAUAUGUUCAUGCUUCACACAGAAUAUGGCGGUUUCUUGUGGGGCCUGACCCAUGGCAGAAAUUGCCUCGCCCCUUAUAUCCUGUUGUAUUCUAGAGCAUGGGUAGGCAAACUAAGGCCCGGGGGCCGGAUCCGGCCCAAUCGCCUUCUCAAUCCGGUCUGCAGACUGUCUGGGAAUCAGUGUGUUUUUACAUGAGUAGAAUGUGCCCUUUUAUUUAAAAUGCAUCUCUGCAUAGGAAUUCAUUCAUUCCCCCCUGCCCAAAUAUAGUCCGGCCCCCCACAAGGUCUGAGGGACAGUGGACCGGCCCUCUGCUGAAAAAGUUUGCUGACCCCUGUUCUAGAUCAUCUCCUUUAUUGUGUCAUCUGUGCAUUGAUUGAAUAAUGAGGACAGGAGGAGAGGUGUUCCACAAGAACUGUCUUUUUUGUGCUACUAGCGUCCUCUAGUCCAGUCUUUUUCAGCCAGCCAGAUUCCCCUGGAUGGCUCACAUGCAAGGCUUGAAGCUGAUGGCCUUCCCUGCUUGUUAGUUUGUUCCCAGCUUCAGGUAUUCAGAGAUAUACUGUUGCUGUACAUCAUGUUGUUGGACUUCAGAUCCUAUCAUGCCCCACCAUUCACAGUGCUAGUUGAGGCUGAUGGGAGUCCAACAACAUCAGGAGGACCACAGGUUAGUCACCUGCUGCUGUACAUGGAGGUUUCGUUUAAUAAUCAUAGUUAAUAGUGGCAGUCUAAGCACUACAUUAUUGUGGCUGCCCCAGAGUUCAGGAACUUCCUUCCUAUUGACUUUCACCAAAGUCCAUGUCUGAGUGUUGGUUGGGAGCCUAAGUAGUAGUAGUAGAUUCACCAGAAGAUUCCAGGGCAGGUUACGACAAUUUAAAUUUCACUAUUAAAAACAGUUUUAAAAAAUUGCAGUCACAUGAAUAGGGCAGGUCCUGAAAACACACAUCUUGGGUAUCAAAGGCCAGGUAAUAGGGGCACAUUGUGGCUGUGGAUGAAUAGAAACUGGGUGCUUUUUACCCUGUCCAUUUCUCACCUUAAAUUGGAUCUAUAGGCAAACUCAGUAUGUAACUGGGAACCCAAAUUCAGACUGGGUUUUCUGUUGAGACAUGGUGUUAAAGCUGUGUGAACUUCCCAACUUUUUUUUUAGCCUUGUUGACUCCCCACUGCAGGUGCUGUAUCCCCAGCAUAGCUGCAAGAGAAGAGAAGACCCCCAAAGAUUUGACAGGUUUGAUCCAGUGUGCAAAUUUCCCAGAGUUCUCCUAAUCCUGUAGGGCUGAGAAGCAGGCAGAAGGACAGACAACCUGCUAGGAAAUUGAUCGGAGAUUAUGUCAAGCUAGAACUAAAAUGCUUUUUAAUUAAACCCAGGACUGUGCUGUGAUGUGUAAUUAGAUUUCAGUCAUAAUGUCUUGAGAAUGGGGGAUAUUCUCCAUCCGUUAAAUGUGGAUUUGUGUGCCGGCUUUGUAACUGUGUACAGACAAAGGGCAGAAGCUGCAUUGUGAAACUCAGCAGCAGGACCCAAGGGGGAGGUUGAAAAGGAGGGAGAUGUUUCAGAGUUGUGUCCAUUAUUGCAGGGAAGAACAGUAGUUUCUGUGUGCUGUAGGGUUUUGUGGGGGGAGAAGCAGAUAUGGAAAUGCUGUUUAUAUCCCCACACCAAGGUCCCAGAUUGAGACAUCAAAUCCAGGCUACCCUGCAAAGUGGUUCUCCAUCUCUCCCACACCUUGUGUGCGUCUCCAUCCCAGCAGUGCCAGAUACACAACUUGUUCCAUGUGAAAGGAGGUGGGCUGUUGAGCCUGUCAUGGAUAAAGGCAUCUGGUGCUGGUUUACCAAAUCCAGAGCUGUCACAGACAUGGAAAAUGCCUGUUUAAACUGCAGCGUAACUGCCAAGCUGGUAAGGGGAGAUAAUGGCUGCAGGCUAGGCACAGCCACUCAGAGGGAGAAUUCAAGUUAAGUCAGCAUCAAGGCAAUUUAUGAUGCUUCCAAAGAUGAUGUAGGUGAUUGGUGCUGGCUUUAAAUCUAGGUCAUAGACUCAGUAGCUGCAGAUUAGUUACACCUUAACAUGGUUCUUUAACCACUCUGUUGUAUUCACUGUGAAGGUGGCAAAAGGGUGGAUAUUUCUCUCCUGGCCUUUCAAAUGUGUCAUAGGUGAAGUUGGGCUUCUAAUCUAUGUUAGUGGGUCGUAGUUUUUCAGGAUUAUCAUGGGACAUAAAGGACACACCGCCUCUGAUGGGAGGGACCUUGCAUAAAGUCCUCAGCAUCUCUAGUUAAAAAGGAGCUCUGGGUAGCUGAUCUGGGAAAAGUCUGUUCCUGAAACUUUGGAGAGCUAAUAGGAGGACACAGAAGAGCCCUGCUGGGUUAGAGCAAGGGCCCACCUGGUCCAGCAUCCUGUUUCCCAUAGUGGCCAAUCAGAUGCCUCUGGGAAGCCCUCAAACUGGAUACGAGAAUGCCAGCUCUCUUGUUCUAAGAGCCCCAGCAACUAGUAUUCAGAAGCAUGAUACUGUGGGUAGAAUAUACGCGUAGUGAAUCUUGGUUUAUACAAUUAUAAUGAACUAAAGAGCAUGAGAACAUAAGGAGAGCCUGCUGAAUCUGGCCAGUUUCCCAUUUAGUUCAGCGUCCUAUGGUCAACCAGAUGUCUAUGGAAGCCUGCAGACAGGACCUGAGCACAACAGUGCUCUCUCUUCCUGUGGCUUCCAGCAACUGGUAUUCAGAAGCAUUCUGCCUUCUGCUGUGGAGGUAGAACAUGGCCGUCAUGAUUAGCAGCCAUUGAGAGCCUUAUUCUCCAUCAACCCUCUUUUAAAGCCAUCCAAGCUGGCAGCCAUCACUGCCUCUUCUAGGAGUGAAUCUUCCAACAUUCAGCUUUCAUAGGAUGACCCCAGCUUACAGUAUUAUGAGCACGGGAGAAAAACUUCUCUCUGCAUGCUUUUUCCACACCAUGCAGAACUUUAUAGAACUCGAUCAUGUCCCCUCCCUGCCGUUUUUUCUAAUCUAAAAACCCCCAAACAUUUUGACCCUUCCUCAUAAUGGAGUUGUUUUUGCCCCAGGAUCAUAUGGGUUGCAUUUUUUUCUGAACCCUUUCUGGCUCUGCUGUAUGCUUUUUGGGAGUAGUGACCACAGCUGUCCACAAUAUUCAGAGUGUGCUUGCGCCAUAGAUUUGUAUAACGCUGCUAUGAUAUUUGCAGUUUUAUUUCCAGUCCUUUUCCUAAUGUUCCUUAGCAUUGAAUUGCCUUUUUCACAGCUGCCACACACUGGGUCAGCAUCUUCUUAGAGCUAUCCACUAUGACCCCAAGAUUUUUUCCUCGUCAGUCACCACGCACCACCGAUUCAAGUCCCAUUACUUUAUAUGGAAGUUAGUAUUUUUUGUCACUUUACACUGGCUUACAUUUGCCAUUUAGAUGCCCAUUUGCUCAAUUUAGAGAUACCUUUUUGGAGCCCCUGGCAUUCAUUUUUCCCCCUUCAGAACCAGUGUAGGUGGACCAGUGGUCUGACUUGGUGUACAGUUUUUGCCUUGAGUGGGGAUAACAUUUUCAUGAUUGCCAAGCAACUCACUAUGUCUGUUUGGAGAACGGCAAAUUCUCCUGCUUUAAAGUUUGCCGUCAGAGCAGAAGAAUGCACUCUUUCACCUGCCUUCUUCCUGUGCAGCCCUCUGUUGAAUUAAAUGCAGCCCUCCUGCAAAAAUGCACAUGUAAAAUAAUUCAUGCCUAUGCACAAGCACUAGGAGAGGAGUAUGAAGGGGUUUUGAUGUACCGGUAACUCCCGCAUCUGCUCUGAGGUGUGAUUUUGUGCAGAGCACACUGGAUUUUCCUCCAGCAUCCCUGCUUUGAGGGCUCAGGAUGGUUGACAAUGUGCUUUUACUGAGGCAGACUUCAUUGGGGUCUCUGCAUGACCAUUAUAUUGAUAUGUAUAUCAAUUAGAGCAUUGUGGCUGUAACCAUCUCUCUACCAUCCUCACCAAAAGUUUGAAUACAAGUGGCUCUUACUACGGUAUUUUGGGUGCAUAGGGUUACCUUGAUGUAGCUGGCCUCUUUUGGAUAGAGUAUGAAGUGCAUUUUCAUUGCCAUCCUUCUUUUCUGUGAGAUCUUUGUAUAUAGCAAUGGUAGCUGUUGCCAGUAGUAACUGAGGAACAGAGUGUGACUGCCAGACCCAAGUUGUUUUCUUUCUCCCUGGCUCUGUGUUUUGCUUUUCCCAGCUGUGGAACAUGAACAGGGCAUCUUGGUUUCGUCACUGGCCCCUCUGAUGGUUGUGAAAUACUUAGUGGUAACUCCGUGGCAGGGUGUGGGUGUCUGUCUACAAUUCCAUUGCUGUUUUGAUCCCAAAUAUCACCCUGCUGUAUUUAUACUUGGUGCAUGUUGCAGAUUUUAAUAAAAAGAGAGGCUCGACAAUAGAGCUGCCUUGUGCAUCCUGGUUGCCAAAUGGAUAUUUCAAGGCUCUUUCCCCACCCCCAAAGAAAUAGAUCAACAUCAGGGAGGCAGUUUGUCAAAUCUGCCCGGAACAGACAUGCCACCAUUUUAUUAGUGUCUGAAAUCUAUUGGUUUAAAAAAAUAAAUAAAUGUAUAGAUGGACAAUCUAUGCUUCCUAUGCCCAUCCUCCUGACUGUGACAUAGCCAGAGAUAAUUUCCUUUGGAUCCUCAUCAACACACAGACACACACACACACUUAGUGCCACAGUUUCUGGGGAGGGAAAGCAGAGUACUGUUAUGGAAAGGCAGCAGACAUGCUUCAGACAGGAAUUGCCCAAAUCAUGCUGUUUUUUUCCCAGGCCAUGAAGCACGUCUUCCUUCCCUCCCUCUUCCACUCCCAGCCCCUCCCCUCCCCUCAACCAUCCCUCUUCUCCACCCUGUGCUUAGACAUUUUAGAGAAUAGGUUUCUGCCUCGCACAGCCCUGGUGACAGCAGGAGAGAGACGGAGCUGCAGAGAGCGAAGGAAGAAGCAACGCACUCAUAGACACUCGCCUGCGCACACAGACAUAACAGGCACAGAGGACUGGGGGACAGCUACCUACUGUGCUACAGAGAUAGGAUCCGAGGCUGGAGAAGGGGUUUCUGUGGCUUGGCUUGGGGUCUCUCUGGCGGCUGUUGGAGAGCUGGACUGAUUAGAAUGGGAUGAAAAGCAGGACUUGCCAUUCAGACCGAGAUCCUUGCUGUUGAAAAGAUUUUGGGCAUACGUCAGACCAAAAUGCAACAGUGCAAAACAAACAACAACCCAACAGGCGACCGAGCCAAGCCGAAAACCGUGGCUGCCGAGCGUCCAGCCUCCUCCUCCCUGAGCCAUGCUCAUAGGCUGCAGAUUUAUCACCGACCUGUUCCUGCCAAAGAACCGGAGCUGCUCUUUUAAUUUCCCCCCUUCUUCCUGCUGUGAAUUUCUUGGCUCGUGCGAGGGAGUCCGCCUGGCAAACAUUUCUCUGCUAGUUUGACAGGAGCCGACAUCCUUGGCGCAGAAAUUCUGAGCACGUGAAGGAACGAGGCAUGCCCGUGGCUGGGACUUGUGGAAGACCGAGGCUCCCUAGGAGAUUGGCUCUGUGAGGCCAGAGGUCAAGGGGGGAUCAUGGGAGGGAAGCAGGUCAAAUGGUGAGCCAGUGGCAGUGGCUGUUGUCAUUUAAAAGAGGGGGCAGGUUGGUUGUGGAAACGGUCAGGGGAUGUGGGCUUGGUUGCUAAGACUGUUCAGUGGUCCCUUGUUAGACGCUUAUGUCUAACCUUUUUUUAGGUAAGGGACCAGGCAGUGCUGGAAGUAAUGAUGCAUAUAAAUAAUUUUCCUGCACCAUAAAUCCUGCAGAAAUAGAUUCAAUGCCCCAGACCUAAUUUCUAUGUGUUGCUAAUGUUGAAUGUUGAAUUGGGAUUUUUAAAAGAAAAUCUGAAAACUGACAGCUUAAAAUGCACAAUUCUCCAGGGAAUUGAUAGCAAGACUCUGAGUUUCCUUAACCCCCACCCCACCCCAACACUUAACUUGUAGGAUGCAUGAUGGAGAUGAUCUGUGACUCAUGUUUUGGGUUUCAGGUGCACUCUUUGACUUGGUAACUUUAUUUAUUUUGGAGGUGGCCUGAUGGCAGUCACUGGUAGAUCAUGGGCCAAAGAACUGUAAAAUGGAGCUGUUAUCUUGCAUGUGAAACUGCCAUUAAACUGAGCUACAUCUGUAAGGUGGUUAUUAAAAUCCUUCUGUAGUUGCAUUUUAAAGCAUGGUUGAGCGUUUUCCUGUGUGUGCUACCCCCAAAGGUGCUUUAGGGGAGGGUGUGAUGGAUGAUAUCCUUCUGAAUGGAGUGGGCAUUUCUGUGGAUCAGAAUGCCCAGCUGCCCUCAUCCCAGUGAGCAGUGUCUGCUUAGUACCACCAUCUCCCAUAUGCAUUUUCCCUUCAUCUUGCUUUGCCUGCACUGGGCUGUCCUGCUGGGUUGCAACCUUCUUAACUGGCCCUGCUCCCAUGCCUUUGUGUUAUACAGACAUUUAACUGGUGAAGCUAAUACAGUACUGGCAUGGUGAUAAAGUGAUGAGGAAAAUGGCUUCAUUUCUGCAGGUCUUAACGAAGGCAAAAUAGCGAUGUCUGCAAAAAGAAGAGGAGAAGUUGGCAGUCCUACUGCCUGUGUGACUUCUGUCACUAGAGUGUCAUUGCCAUGUUCAUCCCACAGAAUGAGAGCUAUAGAGAACUUUCAGAUAUCUAAAAGCAUCGGACAACAGUCCAUCUCCCUCCAGCAUUGUUUCCAACAGUAGUCCUCCAAUGCUGAUGUCCCUGUCUAGUUUCUUUUCUUCUGUGAUAUACUGCUCCAAUGCAUGGAGGUCCCUAAAGGUGCUUCCAUGGGUCAGGGAGAAUCCACGCGUGUGUCAGUUGUGCUCUUCCAGCUGAUCCCUAAGGACUGGAUUGACAGCUGUGCUGAGUGAAGCCCUUUAGUCCACAUUGGUACAGUGUAGCCCAAGUCACUGAUUCCUUGGGGGUUGAUAUACAAAAUACAAAACUUUUACGUUUUGUGUUCCCGCCUGCCUGCAGCUCUGGGGUUGGGUUAGUAGUAUGGCAACCUGUGUCUUAAGAUCUUGAAUGCAGCCAAGCUGCAGUAGAUUUAGUGGAGGGACUUUGAUUUUUGAACUACAUUACUCAGGAGCUUGGAGAAGCCUUGCUUUUGCCCCGUGAGUUAAAAACGAACAUGCUAAUAACACGUCAGGGUUUAUGAGAUGCUUUGAUAUUAUUCUGCGGUGUGUGCCUCCUAGGUGUGCCUUUCUAGGUGUGGGAUCCAACUCAAAAGUACUGAGAAUAUCUGGAAAGCAGGCUGGCUGGGGAGGCGUCUUCUAUUUUUGUUUUUAAUCCAUUCUGUUUUCUUCACUCUUUCCCCCACUUUUUCUUUUGUAUGCUCUACCUUUUGUUUCCUGUCUCUGGGAAAAUGAUACAUUAACUCUGGCUCACACUUGCAAGGAGAAAUUCUUUAGGGACAUGUUAAAUGGGUCAGUGAGUUUCAGAUGCCUUUCUCUGUUGUCUGGGCGAUGGAUGUGAGAAGAAUUUGGGGUGGGGGCACAGGGAAGAAAGUUUGAGUGGUUGGAGCAGAAUAAGCAGCUGGGAGGACUGGGGUUAAAAAAGAAAGAAAAAAGCUGAGUUCAGGCAUUUAAAGCCAGAUCAUAAGUUGGUAUCUUUAUCCUCAUGGGAGUUCACAAUUUGCUAAAAAUAAUCUAUUUGACUUUAGGCUUUAGUUGCACAAGGCCCUUAGAAGCAAGGACCAAAUGAGAGACUGGAUCCUGUGGGUAGCCUUUGUUUGCAGCUUCCAACUCCUAAGGGCAGAAGUUGCCCCAAGAAGUGUUUGUAAGCCAGGGAUGGGGAGCCCGUUGUCCUCUGGGUGUUAUUGGACUCGCAACUCCCAGCAGCCAGCAGGGCCAGUGGUCAGGGCUGAUGGGAAUUGUACUUCAUUAACAUAUGGAGGACCGCAAUGGCCCCCACCCUUGUAAGCAGAAUUCCUGAUGUGUAAGUGUAGAAUAAACUCAUUGACUUCUGGGGGUAUGUGGUAGCCCUUCUGAACUCUUCUCAUGUAUGCUAGAAAAAGAAACUCUCCCAGUAUCACUUUGUUUAGCCGUCAGCAUCCAGAUCAGGGUGAGGAAUGGGCUUGGCAGCAGAAGCGUGGCCUCCUAAUCGGGCCAGAGUGAGAUAACAAUGUCAGAUAGCAGAUUCAGGUGCCAUUUAGGGGGGCAAAACGGGAGAGAGAUACGAGAUCGGACUCAUGGAGUGCAUUCCCUUGGGGAGUUCUUCUGUACUCUUGCACACAUCCAGUUCAUUUCCGUGGGGCUUGCGCAGGAUAACUUACCAAUGGAUUAUGCCCCAUUUUUAAUUACUGAAAGUCUGUCCAAUGAGUUGUUGUUUUUUACCAGCCCCAGUUCACAGGUACAAUAUCCCCCUCUGAUUAACUUGUCAACCAGGAGUGGCUUGUGAGGUGGGUGGAGGUAGUGACAUCCUGCACUUAUUAGGACAUAGAUGGGGCGGGGCAACGAAUACAUGGGUGGGGUAGGGCUGCUGCUUCUUCAGAGCUCUAUCAACCUUACCUUUUCGCCCUAUUCCUGUCUGAUGUAUUUGCUGUAAUCCACUCCCUCUCUUACACUCCAUCGCUGCUCUCAAGAUGUGGGCAGUAAUUGCUGUAAUCAAACUUUGCAUGCUAACUUUAUUUCACAUAGAAAGUUGAUGGAAUAAUAAGAGUUUGUAAUGAAAAGAAUGCUUGCCUUCCCCUCCCCUUGCAGCCUCGCAUCGCCCAGCCCUGUGAACAGUGCAAGGAGCGAGUCCAGUAUAACACACUCAGAGGAGAAGGCUGGAUUUGACAUUGUUCGUGAAGAGGAAGCAGAUACCAGAACAGGUAGGGGAACAAACAACUGACCAGGUAAAUUGAGAGGUACAUGUCCACCACUUGGGCUGCCACAGCCUUCCUGUGAGAAUUUACUUUGGUUCUGCAUCAUGGUUAGGGCUGCAGUGGUUAAUUUAUUAUUUGGCUAGAUUAAGCGAUUUUAACACUUUUAAUGUACUGGAAAGGUAACUCUGAUUAAUUAAAACUGCAGAUAGCAAGCUCAAUAGGGGCAGAAGGAGAGCUCACUGACUCAGGCCAAGGACUCGUCUAGUCCAGCACUCUGUUCUCACAGUGGCCAACAUAACAUAAUGUCUGUUAUGCGGAACCCACAAGCAGAACCUAAGCGCAACAGCACUCUCCCAACCUGUGGAUCCCAGCUAUUGGUAUUCAGAGGCAUACUGCCUCUGAGAGUGACACACUUAGAGGUAAAUUGGCCUUAGCCAGGUGAGCCACUGGUUCUUAUACAGCAGUCCAGCAUUUCUGAGGGCAGCUUUCCACAUGGCGUUUUGUUAAGUGUAAACCCAGGAUGUUUUAAAGCCAGGGGCCCAUGACUCGCUGUGGAACACCCUGGGGUUUGCCUCUGAAAUAUGAAGAUGGUCCUUGCUCUUUUUCGGCGAAAAUUGGUUUGGGCUGUUUCCACACCCUCAUGGUCUUUCAUGCUGUUUUUAAUCAGUUGGCUGAUUUUUAACCUGCUCUUCCUCCAGCGAGCUGAGGGCAGCACAAAAGAUUCUGUUCCCCUUUCUCUGUCUGCACAACUACCCUGCGAAGUAGGUCCAGGCUGAGAGAGACUGACUAGCACACAUUCACUCGGUGAAAUUCACAGCCAAGUGGGGAUGUGGGGCUAGGUCUUCCUGGUUCUAGUUGGUCACUCUAACCACCGCCCGAUAACGGCAGUUUGUAAUUAGGUUUGUAAUCUGAAUGAUCCAUGUUGUUUAGAUUAUGCAUUUUGAUUUAUAAAAUGUAUGUCACCUGCUUUCUGUACAAAAACAACAUUCCAAAGGAAUGCAAUCCGGGUUUCAAAGCAUCCUUGACAUCCCCUUAGAAACAGCCUAAGUCUCAGCUGGCACAGAUAAAAACAGUGCAGUUUCCCUCCCUGAUUAUGGGAUCCCCAGAACCAGGAUGGGAAUGAAAAACUGCAGCGAGAGCUCCAUAGUUCAUUCAGAUGAUAGGAUUUGAGGCAAAGUCCUGUUUGAGCUUAAUUUUCAAACCUAUGAUGUGACUGGGACACAUUUGUAGUGGUCUUGGGGGGACUUGCUUAAAGCUAUGAAAGUAUGUGGAGGGGGGCGAGUCCCAGAGAAGUCCUUUUUAUCAUUCACAGUACAGGGAAGGAUGCUUUGUCCUUAACUCCAGGAAAGCAGUGGGUGGGUGGGAUCCUCAAAACAAAAGCCUGAAAUCCCCCAUCUGACUAAGUCUGAAUUCAUAAUCGCAGAAGCUGGAACAGAGCCUGGGAAAAUGGGGGUUGGUACUUCCCCUCAGUCAUUUGGAGUGACUCUUUAAAAAGUAUUGGGUAGUACUUGCUUUUUAAAUAACAACAACAACAAAUUCAAUGUGUAGCAUUUUUAUAAUGUUUUGUGAGUGUUCAAAGCAUUUCACAACUUUAUCUCUGCCACCCUUUACAAUAGCUCUGUAAGUGAGCAUUUUUCAGUUGGGGGUGGCUGGCUUGAGGCUGAGAAAUAGUAUUUUGCCAGAGACCCAUCUAAUGAGUUCAUAGCUGUAUUGAGAUUUGAACCAGGCAACUUCUGAGAUGCAGUCCUGUGCAUGUUCAUUUGAAAGUAAAGUUCCCCGAGUUCAGUAGCCCUAAUUUCCAAGUCACUAUGCAUAGGUUCCUAGCAGGGCAAAGCAAUAGAAAAGUCCACUGUGCUGAAGGAGGGUUGGAUAAAACUAAGGUGUCUCUUUGCCCAACCCUGUCCAGAUCUGUAAGUCUCUGCUAGUGGGGGAGCUCUGCCUAUCUCUAAAUAAUGUGGAAGGAAGGGAUUAGGUCCCUUGCCCAAGGUGUUUAUAGUCUGCAUUAGAUGGGCAGAAAGAAAGACAGACUGGGGAAAAGAUGGCAGGUAGGAUGCUGUACAAACGUGGGAACCAACGUGGCAUUACAGAUUUUGAGACAGGAGUGACUUGAAAGCUGUCCUCUUGAAAAACAGUAGCAUUGCUGUUGGGCCUUGUGCAAAUUGGCGCACUGCCUGGCAGUGGGGGCAGAGAGACUGUUAGUGUGAACGUGGCCUGUGUGCCUGCCUUACAGUUUCCCAAAUGCAGCAACUAGAGCAAGACGUUAGUUCAGAUUAGCACAGUGUGUCCUCUUGCGAGGAUUCUGCCAAGAUGAAUUUUCACCUAAGGACAUAGCAUCCUGUUGUUAAUGGCAGGAAGUCGUGGAAGUGUACAAAUUACCCGGAGGCAUGUGCUAUACUGUUGUCCCCCUUCUGAAGUGCAGAGGAAACUAGUUUUGGCCACCCAGAGUUGUUCAACCGGCACAUUGUUUUGCUUGCAGAAGAGACGUGCUCUCCUUUUCCCGUAGAGUUGCAGCAGGCCAGGUGUCCUGCGACAGGCUUGGAGACUGCAUGGGAGGAGCAGCUCCUGGAGCAGCAAGAUCACUUGGAAAAGGAGAUGGAAGAAGCAAAGAAGAUGAUUUCAGGACUGCAGGUAUCUGCUCUGCUUCCUCUGUCUGCAUUUAGCCCAUUUGCUUCUAGCGGCCACUUGUAAGUUGAUGUUGUAUGUAAUUUGAGGCACGGCUGUGGGAGUCAGAUGCUGUUGGUUCAGCUCCUUGCCCCAUAUUUGCCCACUCAACCACUUGGAUCUGCGGAAGUGGCACUGUUACAUGUGCCAUGUAAUACUUGUCCCCGCCUCUUGUAAUAAAGCAAUGGUGUAGUACCCACACUUUGGAACUCCCUUUUUUUGGCAACUGCUUAAAACAUUUUUGUUUAGGUAAGCCUAUCCUGACAUAUAGAAACCGAGAUGUUUUUAGCUUUCAGAUGAGUUAAAUUGUUCUUUAAAUAUUUGCUUUUAACUGGUAAUUUUUUUUGGAUAAUUUAAUGUCUUAUUUCUUUUGUAAACCGCUUUGAGGUUUUCUUACAAUCAAGUGGUAUACAAAUGUUAAAUAAAUAGUUUCCAAAAAGGGACCUGCAGCCAUUCCUGAGGUUGGUAGUUCUAGAAAUUCUGAGAUAGUCCAGGGAAGACAAGAGAGAGACAUGCUGCUCUUUAAACUUUCAAUGCUAACUAAUGAAAUGUGUUGAGCGAAUGCUUCAGUGCUGGGGAAGCGCACUCAGGAAGCACAUCAUCACCAAGGGCAUGGCAAAGUAAAAAAUUCACAAAGUGGCACUGGCAUAGGGCUGGGGAGGGAUUUAUGUCAUUCUCUGUACCACUUGAUGACCAUAGUAGUUGAACAACUACAUUCUGCACAGCAAUAGCAAAUCAUGAUUGGAUGUGUUAUCUGGGGGACAAACUGUGUUCUGCCAGAUGCAAAGUGCUGGGAAAAUACAUCCCCACACCAGAAGUGUGGUCUGAGAUGAACAGGUCUGGACUAUGUGUAACAAAUGCAUACCAAGUACGCUAUUCUGCUUUUUUUCUUUUUAAAAAAGGGAAGAAUACACAGUAAAAACCAUAGAGAAAAGGGGACAAUACCUUCAUCAGAUCAACAGUUGAUAAAAAGCUAGAAUACAGGUUUCCAUCUAAGGCUUCUAAAGGACUGAGUUUAUUUGCCUUGUGAGAAGCCUUGCUUCAAUGAUGAGAGAUAGUGUUUCUUCCUGACCGGUUUGUUCCUCCACCUCUGACCCCUCCCUGGUUACGUGACCCACCCACCUCCUUCUCGCUGCUCUGCUUGGAGGUCAAGUGCUCUGUUCCUUCUGCUAAAGACUCUGUACUUUCUCAAGCACCAGCAUUUUCUGCUCUGGGAACUGUGCUGGUUUUGAAUUGUAAAUGUUUAUGUAUGAGUGCACAAAGGCAGCAUUGUGUUGGCAGCAUCAAACAGGGCAGGCAGGAGGGUGCAUUUGCAGCCGGCAGUGAACGGGAGACACAAAAGGCUCAAAAAGCAAGCAGGGCUGCUUGGUGCCCUGCUGAAAAUCGAUUGCCCACUGUACCCUCUGAGAUCACGCACUCCCUUCUCUGGUUUUUCAUGCUCCGGGAGCCAACGGGAGGCAGCUGGUACUCGGGGCGGCAGCUGCCUGGCAUCGUGUCUCCCAGGAGAAGUGAGGAGGCAGCUGAUCCCGCUGUCCAGGAAAUUGGAUCUGAAUAGUCAAUUUUCCCCUUUAAAGCCUCUAGUUCACGAGGGUUUGAUUGAAGGCCCAGGGUUUAGCAUGUUUCUUUGGGAAGCAGGACAGUAGCAGCUCCUUGGUUGGUCCUGACUGGAUAUCUUGCUGGGCAAACUUUGGGAGCUCUUGGCAUAGGGAAUGCAAAUGUGUGUGAGGUUGGCAUUCUGCCAGGGUUGCCUCUCCCUUGGUUAUCUAUCACACACAUUCUGCCAACUUCAGAGUUUAGCCUUUCCGAAUCUCAGUUGGACUGUCCCUGCCAUUGGACAGCAGUGAUGCUUUCCAGUGCUCUCUCUGGGAUCUAAGUAAAACAAAAAUCCAGCCUGCAAAGUAAAGACUGCUUGCCUUGCAUCUUCCAUAUCUUAACUCCUGUCAGCUUCUGUCUCCUAUAGUUAUUUUCAUGCUCAGGUCUGCAGAAUGGGAAUAAUUACAGUCUUAAUUCACAGGGCUAGAAUUGCGUCUGUCUCUCUUUCUCCCUCCGUCUAUUUCCAAAGUUCAGAGAUGAGUGUUGAUCCUUAGGUAGCCAAAACAGCACUUAUCCAUACUCAAGUUCAAGUUAAAAUAGAUAUCUCUUGGGAAACUAAGCUUGCUGUUUAUACUGUUACGACUUUGAGGAUUUGACUCCAAAAGGGCCUUAGCGGUCUGCCAAAAGCAGCACUCUUAUUUCUUUCCCUUGUGUCCAAAUACCGCUUUUAAUGUCAUCUGAGGACAGAAUCCAGUUUUUGUGCUGUUGGGCACCAGUUGCUGAAACAGACAAGGUUGCACAUCCCAGACAGGGCCUUUCCAGACGGGAUUGAAUUUCUCUCUGGCGCGUUUCCAUGGAGGUCUCUGAUUGGGCCUUUCCCUUUGCCUUUGUUGCUUUGCCAGGCCUUGCUGCUCAAUGGGUCGUUACCUGAGGAUGAGCAAGAAAGACUGUUUGUCCUUUGCGAACAAGAUGCCUGCCCUGAAGAGCAGCUGGUGAGUCGGAAAGGCUUUUUCUCCGGAGACUCUUCUUUGUGUGUAGUAUCUCUAUGCAGGCACUGGUAAAUAAUUGCAAUACUUUGCCUUCAGAUCAUAGUCCGAAGCCGUCUGGAUCAGAGCAUGGAGGAGAAUCAAGAGCUGAAGGUAAGAAGAGGCAGACAGGAUGCAAGAGAGAGGUUCCUGGGGCACCAGCUACUGAGCCACGUUCAGGGUCUGGUAGCUAACUUAUAAAGCCCUGAACAACUUGGUACCAGGUUGCCUGAAAGACCGCCUGCUCCUUUAUAAACCUGUAAGAUUACUUAGAUGGUUUGGGGAAUUCUUACUUGUAACAGUAACAGACCCAACAAAACAUCACAGGGUAGUUACCUGGAAAUGGGCAUUUUGCUCUAGUUCUCCUGGACUUAGGACUAGCCUUGCCUUUGCCAUAUAGGAAGCAUCAUCCACCAAUUGUUUCAGACAAGGGGAGGCCCAAGAGGUUUGAAUUUACUUACUGUAUUUUUUGCUCUAUAAGACUCACUUUUUCCCUCCUAAAAAGUAAGGGGAAAUGUGUGUGCGUCUUAUGGAGCGAAUGCAGGCUGUGCAGCUAUCCCAGAAGCCAGAACAGCAAGUGGGAUUGCUGCUUUCACUGCGCAGCUAUCCCUCUUGCUGUUCUGGCUUCCGAGAUUCAGAAUAUUUUUUUUCUUGUUUUCCUCCUCCAAAAACUAGGUGCGUCUUGUGGUCUGGUACGUCUUAUAGAGCGAAAAAUACGGUAUUUACUUUUGCAUUUUGCAAGCCGCUUAGUGGACCUGAGGGUCAAGUACAGGGUAUAUACCUAACUGUUGGGGAUGUCUGUGAGAUGGGAAGCUUUCGUCUUAUUGCGUUUUAAAACUUCUCACUGGGUCAUUUGUGUUUACACUGGAAGAGUUGAAUGCUACAUGCAGGGAAGCAGUGGCUUUUGGGGGAGUGUCUAACAUGCAAAUCCAAACCAUUACAAAUUUUCUGUGCGGGGCUAUCCCAAGUGUGGGAUCAAGGGCUAUAUGGCAUAACAAGGAACAAGAGACAUGUCCUGGGGAAACACAGAUAUCAGGAUGCCCUUGCAUUCACUGAGGGAAGCAAACCAUGCAAACUGCACAGACCAUGCUCAUCCUGAACCACUUUGGUUCUGGUCAUUGGCAACCACAUCCCCUGGCAACAACCAGGCCUGGACUGUGGGAACCAGCUGCAGUGAAAGAGCAUGCCUAGCACUAGAAAUUAUAUCCCACAAGGGCUCUUUACAAAUUUCUUAACAUAAAGCUUAAGUUCCCCAUGUGUUUUCAGGUUUUCCUCUGGAGAACUGUGAGGGCUAUACUUCUGCACUGGGCUUUACUGCAGUCAUGGCUUUCUGUAGUUAAUUCUCCCCUUUUAUCGUGUGAUUCUGGUUGCCCAAAUUUCUGCACCCUCUCCUCUUCUCCCCUGUUACAACAUCCUUUCUUCAGCAACUAAGAGAAGCCUAACUCUGCAAGGUGUUCUUGAAGCCUACUUAACGCUGAAAAGUUACGCUAUAUUUGGAGAACUACUGGGGGCAUUAGUUAAGAUUUCUAGCCAUGUCUAAGUGUAUUCACACUUUCAUUGGCAAGAUGAAAGCAGCUCAGGAAAAGGCAAUUCUGUCAUGUCUGUCUCAUCUGGGGCCCAUGCAGAAGUUGGCAGCGAGCCCAGGACUCUCACUGGAAGCUACAUUCUCAGCACUGGGCCGAAAGAGAGAUUUUGAGGGAUUGUCGGUUUUUCCCGUUUCCCGUUUAAUGUCGAGUCCUUAAGGGAGCAGGCGGUGCCCAGGGGGGCGUUCAUGCAGGCUUCUUGGUUCCUUCAGGCUCAUUAAAACAGGUCCUGUACAAAAUUCCAUUUGAUUUUCAAGCAUGAAAGAGGGUUUCUUUAAAACAUUUUCAGGUGGGGGGAGGAUGAACAGUGAAGGGAGGUAGGAGAGGCAGCAUUGAUUUUGAGACAGUGACAUCAGGAUGUCAUUGCAACCUCACUUUGUUCAACUUGCAGAAAGAGUUGCAGAGGCACAGGCAAGAAGCAAGAAGCCUGCAAGGGGUAAAGGUGAGACAAUAAAGUUUAAAAUAUUGCCUAUGGCCUAUUGUUGCAGUUUGGCGUGAUUGGGGAAGAAGCGCAGAAAUGGCUCACCCAACCUUAAUGUUGGGUCAUGCUUGCUUUUCAAAGAAUCUUCUUUUGCACACCUGAGAAUCUAAAUCAUGCGUGGGCAAGCUAAGGCCCGGGGGCCGAAUCCGGCCCAAUCACCUUCUAAAUCUGGCCCACGGACAGUCCGGGAAUCAACGUGUUUUUACAUGAGUAGAAUGUGUGCUUUUAUUUAAAAUGCAUCUCUGGGUUAUUUGUGGGGCAUAGGAAUUUGUUCAUAAUUUUUUUCAAAAUAUAGUCUGGCCCCCCACAAGGUCUGAGGGACAGUGGAUCAGCCCCCUGCUGAAAAAAUUUGCUGACCCCUGAUCUAAACCGCUAGCGAUGUCUGGAACGGACUCACAACUUUCAUUCUGUCUGUGAGCAGUGCAGAGUUUUAAAAGCAACCAACUGGAGGUGUUGAACCUUGAAUUCUGCUUGUGAGUUUUUCACCCUGACAGGACAACUUCUGAACAUUUUGUAAUACACAUUUAAUCCCCACCUGCCUAUCCAAAUGUACACAGAUGUUUGUAGCUGAAGAUCUCUCACACUGGGAUAUAUGGCGUGGUAAGGGGGGAGAUACUCCAGCCAGGGAGAUAAGUGUUACCCGUCUAAAUGCCUUUCUCCAUCAGGACUCCCCAAAGGAAUGUGUCUUUUUGGUAGCACUCUAUACCCCCCGCCCCCACUGCCUAGUGCGCUUGCCAUUUCCCAAUUGGUGGAUUGUCCAGAGGGAAAUUAAAAUGUGAAGAAUAGCUGGAGAAAAUGUGAAGGCGAUUUGAGGAGCAUUUGCAUUUGUGCUGAAUGUGCAAAAACUGAUUUAUGUUUCUGAUUGCAAGUACUCUUGACGUUAAUGUGGGUUUCUGCAAGCAGUUUGUAGGGUUAGAGGCAGCUUCUUCUCUGUUAUUCAGUUUCCAAAGGACAAACUGAAUAGGCAAGGCUGGGGAAAUCCCAGGGGCCUUGUCACAUCGACCUCUAAAAAUGUUAAAUUGUGAUUCCCCCCCCAAAAAAUGCUGGCAGAAAAAGAAUGUAGAACAAUAUGUGACAGUAUGUGAACCUGAUACUUAAAAAUUAGAUUAUUGACUGUAAGGAGCUAAAAUAUUUAACCAGACCUGAGGACAAGUCAUUCUGGGUGGACUGAAAGAACAAUCAGUGAUUCCCUAAUAAAUGCUGCCUUUGCCAUUUGAAAAGUGCUGAGGAUCAAGUGGAAGUAGGCAAUUUGAAAGGGUCUACCAAGCAAUGGGCUCUGCAGUCAACAUUCAUUGGUCAAAAACAGUCACAUCCCCAGUUGCUUCAUGGAUCAGUGUACUCAUUCCUAGGCGUACAACACACAUAUGAAGGAUCUGCAACAAAUCUAUGUGCCGUGCUUGGCUGCCUUCAGCUUGUUUAUAUCCCGGCCAUGUGAUAAUCAGCUCCAGAGCAAGAGGUAUUUUUAGUUCUGCCUCCUCACCUGAUGUUGCUGGAGGAAGAAACCUGUGAGAAACACGAAGGGAGAGUUGUGGAAAUGUACCCUGGCUUGGGCAGAUAUAGCAGGAUUGUAGGGCAAUGUGGUUCUCAGAGCUUAGCUAGCUCAAAUCCCAUGGUAUUCCCUGGGCCAUUAGGCUUUAAAUUGCAUGCAUGCUUCACAUUCAUUUUACUGCAAAUGAAUUACAUGUGUCUUUCUGUGGUUUAUGUAUUUUGAGAUCUUUAUUUGUUCCACUAGCAGCCCUCAAAACAAGUGUCUCAAACAAUAUCUAUGCCUGAACUGAAGGCAAUUUUGGUAAAGCAGUUCAGAUCCUACCAGGCUACAGUACACGUUGCGUCGAUAAUAUCGGGACGGUCACAGCUUCCCUAUCUCUGCUACAAAGAUUAGGAUUGAGAAACUUCAUAUAGUGAUACUCUGAAUAUUACGUUCUCAGCUUUUCAGCCCUGGUAGAUGUUUACAUUUUUGAGUGGGCACUAGGGUACUCCUAGGUGAGUGUUGUAUAAUUCUGCUCACUUGAAGACACAAUGGUAGCUUCUCCUUCAUGGAUUGUGUAGGUGAUCGCUGAGUGGUGGCCGUAGGAAUUGACUCUGGGCCACACAAAAGAACCUCCAAAGGCACAUCUUUUUGCCCAUUUUUUUUUCACUUUAGCUGCCUGAGCAGCCCUGGGGACAGAUAUACCUUUUGAGAUGCUGACUGCUGGCUGGAGUGUGAUGAGAACCUGGAGUUUGGUCUAAACAGUUCACCUGGGUUGACCUGCGAAGUUCUCUUCCUGUAGCCACUGUGCUCUUGCCUUCUGCACCUCCCUUCCUUUUCUCUUCACAUUUUAGUCUGUAGGUUAUUUACACUGCACAUUUCCUCAGAAGUAAGUCUGAGUGCAAUUAUAUUUGCUUCCUAGCAAAUUUUCCAGGAUGGCAGCCUGAAGUGGGUGUGUUUUAUUUUCCCAGGAUGCCUUGCAGCAGCGGUUGGCCCAACAGGAUGCUCUGAUUCUUCAGAUAAAGCAAGAGCUGCUUAGAGCAAACAUGGACAAGGAGGAACUGCAUAGCCAAAAUGUGAGUGGCCGUUUUGUGUUGCAGCGUCGUGUGUGAGGUUUCCUCUCUGGAGACUGAAGCUCAUGGGACUUGUGGGAGGGGUUGUAGCAGGAGAGCAUGCACUUUGCCUGAAGAUGGUUCCAGAUUGAAUCCUUAUCCUCUCCAGGAGUGUGUGUGUGUGUGUGUGUGUGUGUGUGUAAACCAUGUGAUGUGAAUGGCCUUCCUCUGCCUCAAAACCUAGAGAGCCACAACAAGUCAAGAGUAAACAAUACUGGGAUAAGUGCACAGGUGAUUGUGUGCAGGCAUAAGGCAACUUCCUGUGUUCCUGUAGGGGAGUUCCAUGCCAUACAUUUAAAGCAUGUUGCCUCCCCCUAAGAAUCCUGGGAACUGGAGUUUCUCAGGGUGCUAGGAAUUGAAGCUCUGUGAGGAAUGAACUACAGUUCCCAGGAUUCCUAGGGGGAAACCGUGACUGUUAAAAAUUCUGUAAAUUAAUAUGGUGAGAGGGCAGGCCCAUGGGGAGUUGGGGAACCGGCCGUAACAAGACUGCUUAGGGGGAAAUUUCGUUGCUACAGCUCAGUGGCCUAAUUAAUGCCUUCUGCAGCCCAUUCUCUUCCUGAGGGAUCGAUGUAUGUAGUUAUUUGCAUUUUCCAAAAUCACUUCGUCUAGUGAGAAGGGAGAAUGGCUUCCCUAGUGUACUUGGCAGUAAAGGAUGGCGCAGACCUGUAAAUCCUUUACUUCACAGCCAGGGCUGCUUUAGCUUCAGAGCUGAGCUAGAGCCAUCCUGUAAAUUCAAAAUGAAGGAAGCAUCAGUGCCCAAGGAAGGGCCAGGGAACAGCAGGGGCCUGUGUGUGUGUCAUGGCACAUUUUGUGGAGUGUUGCACUGGGUCUCCAGAGCCAGAGGGUACAGACAGCACACCUAGCUCACUAUUCAGUUGUUUCUUAUGCAGGCUGAUCUACAGAGGAAAGUGGAAGAGCGGAAUCGACUUCUCGCCGAAUACAAAGUAAGGAAAUCUUCCUUCCUCUCUGGGGUUGAGAGGGGACAUACUGCCCAGAUCACCCUUGCAGUGUAACUGGGAAAUCCUCCUCACGUGCCCUUACAAUUCUGCCUCUCUCCCAUUCCCUUACCUGUAGCUGGGUUGUGCUACUGAGUCUCUCCAUUAUCCAGGCAGUCCAGUGUGCUGGGUGCCCAGCUGAUCUUUCCUCUCCGAAGAAAGCCGUGUAGCAACAGCUGCGUGGCCUGUGCUGACCUUUGCCCCCAACUUUGCUCCCAUCCAGUGCAAGCCUCCUUCCCCUGCUGAUGACCCCAAUUCCCACUGUGUUGCAGAAGGAGCUGAGCCAGAAGGAUCGGCACUUGCACCAGCACCAGGCCAAGAUGGAGGAGAUGCUGCGGCAGCUCUCCGAGGCCAGCUAUCAUCAGGUACCGGCACCCCCCCUGCCCUGCUGCCACCACCAGUCCCCGUUCAUGUCCCAGGCCGCUUGGUUGUGUUGCUUGCUGAUCCAUUUCUUCUGUAUGCAGGCGGAGCUGGAGCGAGAGCUGGAGCACAAAGAAGCUUUGUUGGCUCAGUGUAUGAAGAAGGAUGCAGAAGAGGUGUGUGAAACAGCAGCAGAACAUCAUUGUUUGCCUUUUGCAAGUGUGGCUUUUUGCUGUUACAGCACAAUAAUAAUAAUAGUAACCUCUGAUUACACUGCAGUUAGACUGGAAGCAGCAGCAGCAUCAUUGGAUGGAAACAGAUGUAAUAGAAAAGAGAAAAAGAGUUGAGGAUUGAGCUUAGCUACCACCUAGCUCUGAAACUGAAAUGACUGAUGUGCAUAUCAGCAAAUUGAACACUUGCUCUGUUGUGAGACCACCCCUAAAAAUGAUGGUGGAUUCUCUGGCUUAAAAAAAAAGAGAAAGGAAAUCACAUGUACUCAUUUGAAGCAUUCUUAAUUAUUUUUUUAAAAUCAUCUAAAGUGCAAAACUGCUCUGGGAAUUUGGGGGGAGAUGACAGCAUGGACACCAGCCAAUCAACACAAUGUACAGCUGGUUUCUGCUACAAUCUUGCAGAACCGCUUCAUGAAAGUGCUUCCAAAAAUGGACUUCGCUCCUCUAUAAAUCUUCUGCCUUCACUUUGGAAGACCCCCAGAAUAUGGUGGCAAAUGAGGCUGGGUCUGUAAUCCAUUCUUAGCUCUGUCUCCUUGCCUGUGGCCGCAAAAGUUUUUCUUUCUUUCACGCCAACCAGGUGAUAGUCUACAGCAAUCACGGCUCUCAGAGCAACGGCUUCCUGCAGACGUCAGGAAAAGGAGCUGCUUCUACAGCACACAGAGGGGUAAGUUACUUCUUUCUCCUUCUCUUGGGGCUCCAUGGAGGCUUUGCAAGCCACCUGCUGGAAGGGCUCAGGGGUAUUGCAGGGCAGAGCCUCUCAGAGAAGCCAGGCUUGCUUCCUCCUGAUCUCUCCUGAUCUCCUGGACAGACCAACGACCUGCAGCUGGUGCGCGAGGCCCUGCGCAGCUUGCGGAACAGCUUCAGCGGCCACGACCCCCAGCACCAUACCAUCGACAGCCUGGAGCAGGGCAUCUCCAGCCUGAUGGAGAGGCUGCACCGCAUGGAGAUGCAGAAGAGGCAAGAGAGGAGGGUAAGAGGCGCUCCUGGGUCAUGCUGGGGCGAUGUUGCCUCUUUCUGCACCAUUUGUGGCUUGUGGGUUUACCUGCACAUGGGGCCUGGAGGAGUCACUGCUCUGUAAGUGCCUUUGCCCUGCAUGGACAGACCAUGUGCCCAUGACACUUUACAGUGAAAAGGGGGUAAUAAAGUACAUUAUUAUCAUCAUCAUCAUCAUCUCUGCUAUGAUCCCCUCCUUCUGCCAUGCAGGUGUAGGCUAAGUUCAGGGCAUGUGCACUUGCUGGAGUCCUAGAAAAAGCACUGUGUGAGAGUGUUAUGGGUUGAGACUUGCAUUGUGACAAAGGGGGAGUUUGCAGCCACCUGAUUCACCCUGGAGGGAUUCUUGAGGUAGGGGACGUAGUGAUGCAUGCUGUUGUAAAGCACUAGCUCCACCAAAAACGAAUGCUUUUCCAGGCACUGCCUGGGAUGUGUCUGGGAUUUAGGAGUCCUGGCUUUGAUCUUGCGUUUUGUGGUGUGUCAAUUUCAGGCUUCAUGGCUUAGUUGCAGCUGGGCUAUAUUACGCCAGGCAAAUAUGUCCAAGGAGAUGGGAGUGUUGGUUCCUGCUCCUGACUCUCACAAGCUUGCUGCGCCCUCCCUCCUUUAACAGGCCUCUUGCCGCUUUCCCCUUCGAGGUUCCUCCUCUAGGAAGCCUUGAGGGCGACUUUGUCACAAGCUCUGAAACGGCUAAAGGGCCGCCAGGUGCUGCCAUUGCUGUAGGGCUUUUCAGUCACUCACAUCACUGGAUGCUGUCCUUGGUUGGGGUCAUUUUUGAGCAGGCUCUUGCUGACAUUACAGCGGCACAUGCUCCCUUUGUCCCAAUUGGUGCGCACACUUGCGCAUGGUCCUUUAAUCAGUUUAACCCAUCUGUUGUUUUCCUCUCUGCUGACCUUUAAGAUGGAGCCCCUCGCGGUUGUAGCUGCUACUCGGCAGGCAAACCUGGCUUGCCUCUCAAGCCCUCAAGUCUCCUGAGCCUCUGUGAUGUUUGCUCAGCUCAGCAAUGCAAGGACCGGUAAAUGGUUGCCCUGCAUUGGAAUAGUAAAAGUAGGCCCUUCUGUCAGAGCUUUAAAGUAGAUUCUUCAAGACUCUCCAGGAGCAACAAUGUGGUGUAGUGGUUAAGAGCAGUAGACUCGUAAUCUGGUGAACCGGGUUCGCGUCUCCACUCCUACACAUGCAGCUGCUGGGUGACCCUGGGCUAGUCACACUUCUUUGAAGUCUCUCAGCCCCACUCACCUCACAGAGUAUUUGUUGUGGGGGAGGAAGGGAAAGGAGAAUGUUAGCCGCUUUGAGACUCCUUAAAGGGAGUGAAAGGCGGGAUAUCAAAUCCAAACUCUUCUUCUUCUUCUUCAACAAGAGGGGACAAUUUGCAAGUCAUUUCUGUCCUUGGAUUCCCAACUCCAGAACCUAUUUGUGAUGCCAGGGCUCAGUCCUGAAAUCUUAAUAGUAAUAAUAAUAAUAAUGUGCCUAUGAGCAUGUACAGAGUUUCUUUCUGGUUUCCCCCUCUAGAUCCAAGGAAAAUCACCUGCCGGCCACGCCACGAACGAGUACCGAGAGUCCUGGCCCUCCAACUCCAGUGAGUGCAGUUCCAAGACCGCUCUCUCAUUCCAGACAGAAAUCUCCUGCUUCAGGUCUAGACUGUCAGUAUUUUGUGGGAGGGAUUCAGUUACAUUCCAGAAAAGCAGGUUUGCACCGUUCAAGUGCAUUCAAGUGCUCUUGUCGCCCUAGCACUCCACUUCCAAAAAAGAAUGGACUUUUUGUGGUUAGGAAAGUGACGGGGAAAUAUCUCUGGAAAGUGUAUGGUGGACAAAUGAUUAACAGGAAGGCGUGUAAACACCUUGCAAGCAAAUUCUGAUGAAUGUUCAUUAACAUACCAGCAUAACCUUCUUGGUAGCGGCUCCCAGACUGUGGAACUCCCUCCCUAAAAAAGCUAGACUGGCUCCCUCCUUGUUGUUCUUCCAUUGGCAGGUGAAGAGCCUCUUGUUCCAACAGGCUUUUAGGAACUGGCUGCUUUAUUGAAAGGGCUGGUGCUGUGCUGUUUUUAUUGUAAUUAUUUGUAUGCUUUGAACAGGUUUUAUAUGUGUAUAUAGUUAUAAUUUUAUUCAUGUUUAAUUGUUUUUUUAAUUAUUGCUCUUUCUAUGUUUUUAGCAAUUCUUGUUUUUAUCUGUAAGCUGCGUUGAGUCCCAUUAGGGCAAAAAGGCGGGGUAUAAAUAAGCAAAUAAUAAUAAUAAUAAUAAUAAUAAUAAUAAUAAUAAUACUGCCCCGUAGACAAAUCAGAACAAAUGCUCAUUUGUCUAACCUCAAUGUAAGUUUUGUGCAAGCAAAUUGGGACAAAUGCAGAAUAAAUCUGGAGGGGCUGCCAGAUACUCUGGAACAGAGGCUGUUUAGCAGGGAUGCUUUUGGAAAUCUGGGCAGGUCUUGCUCCUCCUCACUCUCACCCCUGACUUGCUCACCUUCCUACUUGCUCCUUUGCCUUGGACUGUUCCUUUCACCAGCUUCACUUGGAACUAAGAGCUUGCCAAGGUGCAAUUGUUGGCACAAAGUAGACUGCUUCGGUCUCUGGACGCCACUGCACCAUAAAUAAUGAACAACUCCAAUUAAUAUUUACUCUUAACAUCAAGCAGAAAACACUACCUUAUUCUCUGAGGCCUUGCAGUGUCUUACUGCAAACAGGUUCUGCCAUCUAGUGGUCACAGUUAGCAUUGGUGCCUCUUUUUGCCUUGCUCCCCAGUCAUUGCAGCUGGAUUUUAAAAAAUUGGGCAUCUCUUAUCUCGUUCUGGGUGGACCAUCUCCUUCCCUGCCAUCAUUGCAUCGCAUCUAUAAAACAGAAGAGUUUUUGCAUUAUGAGAAUUCUUAGGCUGGUAACAAGCCAAGCCUUUAGACCGGAGCAUUUUCCAGGAAGUUCAGGCAUAGCUGGCAUCUGUACCUGCCUGAUCCAUGCUCACCCCUACCUACACUGGAGAUUGUGAGUUGUGUGCAGUGGCAGACAGGAAUAAAGCUGCCUCAUGUUCCUGGACAAAUUGGCUUGUUGAAUCCCAAACCCUCCUCCCACAUCCAGUUUGUUGGAAACAGCAUAGAUGUAGCAUGAGGGAUGUAUACCGGCAUGACUUUUCCAAAAGUUAGGGAGAGACGUAUGUGCUGUGUAACCCUUAAUAGGCAGGUGUGCCUGCAGCUUCUCUCCGUGCCAGUUCUCUGCUUAUCCACAUCAGAAGUAGUGUUAGUUUUGGGGCCAGUGGAGGCAUAGGAGGAGUUGUGCUUUGAGACUGCAAAACAACAACAGGAUUCUUGAUUUUAUCAUUGGCUGGAUUAUUGCCAGUGACUCCAGAGGCUGUAAGCAGGAUGGUGCUGUUGUGGGAGAGGUGUUGUGUGGCCUGGGGUCUAAUCCACUGGUGUUGUCCCUAAAUGCUAUUGGUGACAAACUCUGUAGAGGUGUGGAGUGUGUGUGUGUGUGUGUGUGUGUGUGUGUGUACACACAAACAGAGAGAGAGAGAUUUCUGUCAGGGUGGGGUCUCUAGCCCUUGAUGUUAGGUGAGCUCUCACGUUUUCCUUCUCUAGCUUCUCUUUUAGAGUUGGAGGGCUAUAAUUUAACUGAGUCCGUCUGUCUUUGCAGAACUGCCUCAUUCUCACAGCACCCCUGCAAUGAGCAGCAGUGCCUGCACCAAAGUGCUCUACUUCACGGAUCGCUCCCUCACACCUUUCAUGGUGAACAUACCAAAGAGGUGAGGCUGGCAGUCCUGCAUCAUGUCUCUGUCAUGGGGGGACUUAAGUCAGAAUUUGUGCCUUUGUGGGAUGUUCUUUCUCCCAGCAUGCACUGCAACAGCUUCUGCACCCCUGGGGCCCUGUGUCAUUCAUGCCACAAGCUGGCAGUGAGACUGGCUCUACCUCUCUCCUACUCUUGUGUCUGUGCAGGUUAGGUGAGGUGACUCUAAGGGACUUCAAAGCAGCUAUUGAUCGGGAAGGAACACAUCGCUACCACUUCAAAGCCCUAGAUCCAGAAUUUGGCACAGUAAAAGAGGAGGUAUGUAACAGUCUCUCAUUAGGACUUACGCUCACAGUUAUUGUGUGACAUGCCCACUUGUAGAGAGUGGCAAAAUGGCAGUUGGUUGUGCGUGGGUAUGGGGAUGGGGGAUGUUGGGUUUCCAAGGAGUUGCUCAAGAGCAAGCAGGCAAUUACCUCCCUGCUCAGCUGUGAACCCUUGCUUUUGAUGCAAAAUAAACUUUAUCUGUCCAGAGCGCCACUCUCCCGUGGCUGGCUCAUUCACUGGCAGAAUCCGUGAGUGGGCGGGGCUUAAACUUCCCCCAGCAAAGUAGUUUCUUGACGCCCAGUCUGCGCCUCCCCUCUCGGCGCGAAACCUUACUGCGCAAGGAGGGCGUGGGUAACGGCGGACCUCUCCCCUCCCCGCUCUGCCCAGGCAAGGUGUCCUGGCAACGCCUCGCCUCCUCCGAACCCUGUAGCUCCUCUCCACUGGAGGCGUGAUUACUCUCCCCUGCAGAGGAGGAGCUGCUUUCCACGAUCUUUGGGGGCUCUCUGUAAUCCAUCCGGCUUUUCCUCUCUCCCUCCUGAACUGAUGGCAGUUCCCUGACAGGGGAGAAGUUCGAUUUUGUUUGCAUCCCAGUGAGAGAUUUCUUAAUUAACACUUCUCGAACUAAUACAGAAACUGAAUCACAGCUAUCCUUUGAAAUCUGCACUUCUUUGAAUUUUGCGAUGGAGGCUUUCCAACCAAACAGUGUGUGCAAAAAAUGCAUGCAUUAGGGGAAAGUCACUACAAAUUAGUGAAAAUUACAAAAAUGCAUUACGUUAAUUGUAAUUGCUUGCAAAAUAUAUUGGGGGAAAGUCCAUACAAAAAUGUGUUUUAUUAGGAGAAACCUGCCCUAAACCAUUGACCAAUUUGCAUGAGGAUUAAAAAAUAAUUUCAAAUUGCUGCAGAAAUGAGAACUGAAUUUAAGGUUAGAAAAAUGGGAAAUUGAGAGAAACUGAAUUUGACAUAUUCCUCCAUCCCUAAUCGUGUGGUCACUCUUUUUCAUCUGUGUGUGCUCAUGCUUGGCCUGUGUCCUGUGGCAUGGAAGCCCUGGGGCAGAAAGGCCAGGGUUGGCCCAGGUGUGGGGUGUCAUGUGGGUAAAUCAUUCAGCCUUAAAGUACAACCAAAGAAUGUUGCAUAAAAGCAACCUGACUAUUCAGCAGCCGCCCUCUAAUAGCUACAGGCAGAAAGUGAAGUCUCCAUACAAAUCAGCUGAUGAAUGUCACCCAACCAGUAAGAGUGCCAAAGAUCUGGGAACUUGUCCUGUUUGAUUUGGCUGGUAAGGACAGGUUUCUGCAGCGCUUGGCUUGGGUGACUGUAAUAGCUAAAGGAGGUUAGGUCGUCAUGUAGGGCAAGGACCUGCAAUAUCUCUGAGCUUACAAGGCCCUGAUCAUCCUGCAGCUUGCAGAAUAAGCCUUCUGGUGCAAAACUUGUGAGAUGCCCCAGAAUGUGCAAAAUAAUCCACUUGCACCUUAAAAAGGAGUGACUUUCCGGCUCUCGGAUUUUACAGGUGAAUCUGAGUGCGGUGAACAGAGAAUUGGGCUUGUGCCUGGAGGGGCUGGGCUCAGGCCCACCUACCCCCUUGGGCUUCAUUGUGUGAGGGCCAUGGGCAUGUCAUCGUGUCUCGGGAUCAGCCUGUGAAAAGGAUCAGCCUGUGAAAUUUGACUGUCAGCAUGAGGGUGACCUUUCGAUCCCUCAUAGUAAUCCCGAUUCAGAGUUGAAAAGAGCAGUUUGCCCUACAGCAGUGAUAGGGUACCUUUUCCAUCCUGAGGGCCACAUUUUCUCCUGGACAGCCUUCCGAGGGCCGCACGCCAGUGGUGGGCAUGGGAAGAGCAACAAAUGCAAAUUUUAUCUUUGUACAGCAGGCUAGUUUGCGCAUGCACACACGUUCUUUCUCUCUCCUCCACCCAUGCAAGCAAGAGGCAUUACAGUGGUGCCUCGCAAGACGAAAUUAAUCCGUUCCGCAAGAGUCUUCGUCUAGCGGUUUUUUCGUCUUGCGAAGCAAGCCCAUUGACGGAUUAGCGCUAUUAGCGCUAUCAGCUGUUUAGCGGCUAUUAAAGGCUUAAAGGCUUAGGGAUUAGCUGCUAAAGGCUAUUAAAGGCUAUUAAAGGCUUAGCAGAUUAGAUAAAGGGGAAAAGCGAAAAAAAUCUCAAGACUCGCAAGGUAUUUUCGUCUUGCGAAGCAAGCCCAUAGGGGAAUUCGUCCUGCGAAGCAACUUCAAAACGGAAAACCCUUUCGUCUAGCGGUUUUUCCGUCUUGCGAGGCAUUCGUCUUGCGGGGCACCACUGUAUAAGAGUUCAGGCAUGUCCUGCACCAGCCCCCAGACACUUAAGGAUGGUGCAAAGCAGAGAUACUGAGGGGUGGGGACUGAGGAGAGUUCUGAGGGUCAGAUACAGAUGCUUGAGGAGCUGCAUUUAGUCCCUGGGUCUGAGGUUCCCCAUCCUUACCCUAAAGUCACCUGGUAGGUUUAUGGCUGAGAUAACAUUUGCACUGAGGACUCCUGACGUGCAGCUGGCUCUCUUAGCCACUGUGCCAUGCCAGCAGCUGGCCGUUCAAAACACACCCUGAGACGUGCUUAGGGAGAAGAAGCUUCAACCCACUCAAACUUGCAAGAACCACUAGCCUUGGUGACUCUUGGCACAGGAACAUCUGCACGUACCCUCAUUUUGUUAACAAGUUUCUCUCGCUUUGCUUUUCUCACAGGUUUUCCAUGACGACGACAUCAUCCCUGGGUGGGAGGGAAAGAUUGUGGCAUGGGUGGAAGAGGACCAUGGGGAGAACUAAUCGGAGACCACCCGAACUCUCUUUCCCGGGCGACCCCACCACUGGUCUGCUGCACUUCCCAGAUACCGACCAAAAAGUGUGUGAACUGAGAUUCAUCUGUCUCGAAACUGCCAAAAGGAAGGAUCGUACUUCUCUGCAAAAUGACGGGUAUAACGUUUUGCCACAAGCGAAGAGGAUGUAUGGCACUUGAGUUCCAUGGCCAAAUGUUGCGUUGUUUGAAGGUCCCAUGGUGUGGGGAGUGGCCCUCCUCUCUUUUUCAGUCAUUGUCAGCCUUAAUGGUGUGUUUGUCCCCGCUUCCCCUUCCCCUGCUGUCAGAGAAUCCAGAGCAUUUUCAUUGGGAGACGUACAGUAUUACAAGGAACCUUGCACUUAAUGGCGGAAACUUAGAAACUGUCCUCUGGAGGCAGGCAGUGCUGUCGCAGCUACAUUCUCCAUAUUGAAAGCUCUCGCCAGCCAAUCAUUCCUAAUGACUCUGUGCCAGACAGACAGCAUCGGGAGCCAACAAGACUUUCUUGAGAGAAAGAAGUGGGUUGGAUUGUGGUUCAGAUCAUGAGUUGGGGUGUCUGCUUCUGCUCUUCUUGUUUCGCUCUCCUAUCCUGGAACUCUUGAGGGACAUGAAACGAUAGUUGGAUUGCUUUGGGGGGGGUGUAUGGGUGAGGAGGGUUCUUUGCCCUUUCCUUCAACUGCCUUGUCACCCUCUUGCUUUCGUUUUGGCAGAGGAGGCCACAGAAAGGUCCAUGUCUUUGUUUCUCCAGGGAUCAAGUGGCAGAAGAGAGUCCAGUCCAUGCAUUUGUUCUCUUAAACUCCAGUCCAAACAGUAGGAGAAUAUAAUGUGGGUCCCUCGGAAAGGGGGCUUCUCUGUCCUCUUCCACAAGUCAAGAAUUCAUGACUCUGCUUUUCUCCCAUCACCAUCUGAGUUCUUUUCCAAUCAGCCUGUGCUGAGACUCAUGUGGGACUGAGAUCCCACUUUGCUGUUUCAAUGCUAUUUAUUUUAAGUGGUUGGACAGUGGAAUGCACGUUGAACUGUUUCAUGUGAGUCUCAUUGCAAGUUUUCUAGUGAGAGUGUGUGACUGUGUGAAACCACCUCCAGGAAAGCCGAAAGGGAGCAAGGCAUCAGGCACAUAACCUCUCUGGUCCCCUGGUUUUAAAACUGUUGAAUACAAUCGCCCCUCCUUGUGGUGACUGUCUUUUUCCUCUACUGCCCAUGGUGGUUCCCUUCCCUUUGAUUAAGAUGGGGUCAACUGGCUUGUUUGCCUCAAGCAGAAUCUGCAGUUUUGCCCAGCGCCACUCAGACCACUCUUCAAGUGUGGCGUGCAAAACGGGUGGUGUGUGCUUGUGGAGAACGAGUUAACCAGUUCUCUGAGCCACAGCAGGCACCACGAGCAGGGCACUGCAUGAACUGGUUCUCAAGCAUAACACACACACUUUUCAUAGCAUAAUAAAGCUUGGACAGAAAUUGUAGCCGUUAAGGUCAGUGGAGUUUAAAAAAGUAGGUUUAAGUAAGAGUCUUUGGGGCACACCUACACAUCAUUUUGGGACGCAUCCACUUGCUGCUUACACCUGUUCUCCACAUGCCAAAUUUGGUCUCCUGGUAGUCUAGCCGGCAAUCAGUACUGCUUCAUGUAACAUGAUACUUUUUAGCUUUUCUUGGAUAUGGACUUUCUGUGUUUCCAGCAAUGCUCUAAAAUGCAGAACUGGGGAGUGCAGGGGGUGCCUCUUGGUAAGUGCACCCAUGGCAUCACUGAACUGAAAAGCAGAUGGCGAGUGGCAAAAUCAGGAAUAUAACUCCAGCUACCAGAGAUUGCUGCCUCCACCAGCCCCACUCCAUGUAUCUGCAUCUCGUCUUCCAUCCAGCACAGUCCUGUGCAUUGAAGGUGGUUGCAGGCCUGCAAGUCUCUGGUGCCUGCACCAGCACUCUGAAUGAACGUUUCUGUAUGUCAGCCUGUUUCAUGUCCUUUUUCAUGUGAGGCUGGACAUUUGAAGGAAAACUUGGCUUUUAUCAUUUUAUAGAUUUUAAACAUGUCCUUUUUGUAAACUUGUUCCUGUUUUUUGGAAUUAUUUUGUAUCCAUUUGCAUUGCUGUUGUUCAAGGAUGGUGUAUAUUUUUAUACCGGCGCAAGUAUUAUUCCCCUCUGUAUAUUUCUGCACACAUGCUGAGCUGUAUUUUACCCAUUUUUCUAGAGGACGCUAGCAGGUUUUGUACAGCAUCCUGUUAAUGCCACCACCCCAAGUGGCUCCCAUUACUAGGUUUACUUUACUAUGAAGGUAUUACAGAUUCCUAAUGGUUUUAUAUUUUGCCAGCUCUUUUCUUGUACUGAUUGUGUUUUCUGUGUUGUUGGUCUUCCCAAUGCCCUCAGUGUACAGAAAGUGCAGUAGUGCCUUUCUGAACCCUGCCCUCAUUAGAAUCCGUGUCUGCUGUUAGCAAUUCAGAGUGCAAUCCUUGUUGUCCUUCAGAACAGCAACUACCAAGCUGGCUUUUGGAGGUGAGAGCUUAUUACUAAAUGGGAAGAAACAGGGUUCCUCACCCCUGAUAAAGGAAAAACUUCCUUCUCCUCGUGGAAUUACGGUUUUUUUCUGUUGCAUGAAUUUUAGUAGAUUGCGAAAAGGCAGCAUGGAAUUAUAUUUACUAAACAAAGAGACAGAGAAGAAUUGUCCAGUGGUUUGUUUUCCCCCCAGGAAGCGUUAUGCUUUUAAGUUCAAACUUGUACUCACUUCUCAACAACUUAACUUCAGUUUAAUUGAACCAGUUCUUCCUUUUCAGACAGGCUUCUUGGCAGAAAUGUGGCUGUGGUGGCGAGAGGGAGCAAAGAAUACCCUGGUUCAGGGGGUCACCUCAGGAAAGACCUAAGGACUCUGGUUGGCUGCAGUCCAACAUACUAUUGGGCUGUUUUAAUACUGUGAACCCCAGUGGGAUUUAGUUAUCCAAAGUAGGUGCAGGGCUUCAGCCUCAGUCUUGUAGCAUUAAGGUUGAAGUUGUCGCUUGCAUUUUCCUAAGACUAUCGCCACUCUUUCAUAUCAGUGUUGUCCUCUUUCUACAAAACACCUAGUUUUACUUUGUUUCUGCGGUUACACCAAAGGUGUAUCUACAUGGCUGAGGCUGAUGUAAAACUGGCUUAGGUGCCAUCACACUCUAACCAUCAGAGAACCACAGGAAAGUAUAUAGGCAUCUCUUCACUAUCUGAACUACAGAUCCCUUGAGUCUUUGGGGGUAAGCAGCAAUAUAUUGCUUAAAUCGUAUGAAAGUUUGUCAUAUAGAUAUGCUCCACAUUUACCAUCCCCUCAUAAGGAUGAGGAACAUUGGGGAGGUACAAAAUAGGCCUGAAAUAAAAUUAAUCAUUCAUGGAAUCAUGGGGGCAAUUGUAUUUCCCAACUGGGUGCCUCUCAGUAUUUUGGACUACAGCUUCUGUGGCUAAUGGGAGUUGUAGUCAAAAACAUCAAGUUAGGGAAGGCUGUAUUUGAGACUGAAAAGUAGGGAGAAGUUCUUGGUUUUUCUUCUCAACAUAUCUAUGCCUGAUUUUUACACAAACUCUAGAGAUGUUCUGCUUCCUUUUGAAAUUCCUCUUUUGAGUUCCUAUCCUUGCAGCAUGUCCCAUGCAAGCUAUGUAUAAAAUGCUCUAUAUUUUGUAUAGAAAUUCUGAAGUCUGCAGUCAUUACUAUUACGAGGGGGGUUGCUCUCACAACCUCCUCCCUGCACAUUGCUGGCCAAGAGAGACCUGAAGCUUGUUUGUGUGCUGCAACAGUUAAACAUACUUUGAAUUUGUGGACCGAGACUUUAAAGAAAAAAAUAACCUCCAAUAAAGAGAGUUCGCAAACCCA